GACUGUUUCACUAACAUGGCAAAAUGGUUCACUGUUAGCGAGUAAGCGCUAACAUUAGCUGUGUGCCGCUAACGCUUCUGAGACUUGUAUUAACUCAACCACCUCUGCUACAUAAACUCGGCAGGAGUGAAUCGCAGAAAGUGGUGAAUUUUGGUCGUAAUCCCGCUUGAGUUGCAUACUCUUCCCGUUGGUUGGAGCUGUCACCUGUCUGGACUGAACAGGCUGGUAUGGUGAAGUGAACGUAACGUAGUGAACGUAGCUGUGGGCGGAUCUGUGCUAGCCAGUAGCGGACUGUUCGGGUGAUCUCCGUCGGCGUAGCCACACAGGCUAGAACCAGCCGGGGUCUGGAUUGGGAGCCACCAGACAUGAUUUUAUGGAGACCCCCUUACAAGUAAGAGUUUCGGGUUGAUACAUGAAUACGAUACUUAUAAUUGUGCUCGAUAUGUUGACGAAAUAAUGAGAGAAAGGAGGGUAUAUAGGGUGGAUUUCCCAUCCCUUUCUGAAUCAAGCUUCUUAGAGGAAGCAGACAGGUCGACAGAUUUGUAAGAAUGCGAAGCCAUCAUCUUGUUCCCUGUGUGCUUUCCAUGUCAGGUUUUAGUCUGUUUUAUGCAGCGUGUGUGUGCAAACUGCAAUGAAUAAUUAGCAAAUGUAAAGUACAUUUUUAUGAACAUAGUGUGCGAAAUGCGACUGCACUGAGACUCCUCAUUUGACAGUGACAGCCAUCUUCAGUAGGCUACAUAUCCAGUAAGAAUAACGUUAGAACAGGAGGUGCUGGGGCUUUUCUAAAGGGCUUCUCUAAAAAAUCACUAUUAUACUGCUGAUAGAGAGAGGGGUUAAGUGUUCGUGGGGCUGAAACAGAGGGCGGUGUGGCAAAAUGGUGAUUUUAUACGCUGUGAUUAAAGGUCUCACUUAGCCUAGUGUUUAUGACAGGAGAGGGGACUGGCCUGUGCUGCUUCCAGGGACUCAGGAGUAAAUUCAAUUUGUAAGACUAGCUCUUGAUCUUUCAUACCAUAUUGCUUGUUGAAUACAAGGAAAAGCUUGGCGAAAGUCAAUCAAACUUGUCAUUUUUAUUUGAGUUUGUGUGAACACAUCGACACAGGUAGGCAGCAUAUCCCGCGGAUGAGUUCUUUAAAUAAGCGAUGUUAAUUGUGUUUUAAAUAUCGGUAUCUGAAGUUUAUCCUAAGGUUGUAUAAUGAAGCAGGAGUCGUUUGUACUGGGUUACGUUAUUAGGUUCAAUUGUAUCAAACGAGCAGUCACGGUGGUAGUCGGUGUGAUCGUGAUCCAGAUAUUCCGACGGCUCCUGAAGUGGUCGUGUUACGUAAUAGGGGAGGGCUGGGCAUGCAAAGGGAGAGAUGUAGGAGGGGACGUGCUAAGGUAUACACUCACGCAUGUAAAGUAGCUUUUUUACAGUCUUUGAUUUUGACAGCCGUUUUACACUGACACAGCCACAAACGGACACCAGCAGACAGAUUCGGGAGGUUUUUCACUGAGUGACGCGGCGAUCGAAGCGAGGGUUUAUCUCCAGUUUUUCCUCACUGCUCGCAAGACGCUGAUGGUAGGUUUUAUAUAUGAAGUCUUCAUAUCAAAGAUCAAAAUGGGGCUGUGAAUUCAUUAUAAACCCAGAGAUUUACAUUAAAAUGCACAGGGAGCUUUUCCAUACAGUAAACGCAGCCUACGGAGGCAGUGUAGUGUCGCGAACACAGCCUGGUUGUUUUAUCUGUUCAUGUUUAUUACGCUGGAAUUUGGACAGUAACUUACACAGACUUAAGUUUGCGUUUUGAGUUAAUAUUUGAGCGAAUACCUUUAGAAAUGUUGCGUUCAGGUGCUACUUUUCGUCGCGGCACGUCGGUAUUCCUAUAGGUGCUGCUUGGUGUUUACAUCGGAGCUGGGCUGUUAACACGCGAGCCACGUGCUGGUAGCUGGGGACCAUGUGGCCAUUGUAAACACUGCUGCCUUCUGGGGCUUAAUCUGCUGUUAACAUGCUGUGUAUGUUUCUUUUACUCUGAAUUAUGGCCAAACUAGUCAGCUUGACGUCCGUUUGUAAGAAGUUUGUGGGCUUGCUGCUACUGAAGCGCUUAACUUGUUUGGCCAGGAGCCAAGAGGAACUCCAUCUGACUUCUUUUGUGCUGUAAAGUAGGGUAGUUACAGUAUGUAUUAUGUAAUCUACCCAACUCUAUUUGCAUGGACCCCCCCUUCACACAAUCAUUAUUAGUUCCAACCUGUUAUCAGUUUAAAUGUCAAUAUUGUUGAAGGAAAGGUCAGGUGCCCACAUGAUAAAUGGUACACACACACACACAGGGAUCAUAAGCAGGUCAGAUUCCUCCUACACGUUUUUGUGUGUCUGCAUACAGUUAAUGUCAGAAAAUUACAGGAGAAUGAUGGGUAGCAGCAGAAGAUGAGGGAAAGGCUUUGUCAGAGGAUGCUCUCUUGGGUUUUCUUUUGUUUCAGGGCUGAGGGUCCAUUUAAACUUCAUUUACUGGCAGCCUGAUAUUGACAUUAAAAUUUAAUGAAGUCAUUUUUUACUUUACAUCAUAAUAAAAAUGUUCCACUAAUUACAGCCAUUAGCCAAAGACUACAUUAGUACAUAAGCUGGUUCUGAUUUAUGUCUAAAAAAUAAUUAAUUUAUUAAAUUGUCUAUCUCGCUGAGCUCAUCACUCGAGUACUUUAGACAGUGUUAGCUGAUGAGAAUCAUACUGUCAAUAGACAGAAACACAGGAUGUAUAUGACUGAUAAGCACAUGUUUUUUAAAUCUUGUUUCUCAUCAUCAAACACUCUUUCUCAUUAAAGAGACAAAAAUGUCCCCUUCACAGAAACUCAGAGGGUUCACCCUGUAACUUUGCACUAAAACUACAAAAAUAACAUUUACAACAAAGGAUUUACCUCAGCAGCCCUGAAAUUUAACAUGAUGUAUCACAUUGUUUUCAAUUUUUCAAAUAUUUGUCUUUUUCUUGUUGGACACAUCCCAUAGUUAAGGAGCUUGGAUCAGUCGAUGUGUGCCAUUCUGCUUGAUAAGUGAAUCAAAUGCCAAAUGACUGGCUGAUAAGAUCUCCGUUUUACUGGCCACAGAAUUAACUGAGGAAUCAAUGCAGCUCCGACUGGAAACUUUUAGAGGAUAUAUACUGUAUCUGUUCAUAACUCUUCUGUUGUGCACUUUGUUGUUUAGUGUACUUGCUGCUCUGAACUCUUGCACUUUUCACACUGUCAUGUUUUUAAAAUCAGCUAAUUAACCAUAGUUUUAUCUACAAUCCAACCCCCAACAUUGGUUCCUUUUUGAAAGGUUUCUAAUGUGCUUGUGUGUCACAUCUUACAGAUGCAGUGUGUAGAAUUGUGUAGAAUUUGCAGAAUGGUAAACUUCAUAGUAAUGGCAUAUGAUGUUAAUAAGUAUAUAACCACUUGAGUAUAAAAAUCCUACGGUUUUUGUUCACUGAGAAUGAGGCUUUUGUACUGUGUCUACAUAAGAGCAGGCACCCCUCCACCAGGGCUGCCAUGUUGAUCUGUCACAUUUUUUGAGAUUUUGUAUUUAGUGAGUGGCCUCAUGAAAGGAACGGCUUAGAGAAGAGUAACUGGUCUUGUGUCCAAAGAAAAUUGAACUGUUGGAGGUUUUUGAUGGGAAAAAUGGAGGAUCAUACACAUCUUUCACAACAGGAGCUGCUUGUCCUCGAGGGCCACUGUUGCUACACCAACGGGAGGGGUGAGCAGGGAAGCAUUUCGAUCUGAAAUUGAGCCACCAGAUUUCACUAAACAUUCUGGUUUCCUUCCUGUAUAAUAAAUCAGGGCUUAAAGAUUACUGAUGUUUUCCAAGAUUUGCUUGACAGGAAUGUUUAUGACUUCAGAAUAAUUUAGAAUUUGCCACCAAAUAUACACUGAAAACUUCAUAUUAUUGUGAAGAAAGCAGUUUUACUUAAUUAGAUUUCUUUUUUUUUUCAGAUCUUGUACAAGACCUUGUUCUUUAGCCUUUGAGGACAAAUGAUUGUGUGUUGAGGCAGAAGGGGAAGCCAGCAUGUACUUAAAUAUUGCACUUUUAUAUUUUAUGUUGACUCUUAAAAAUAAAGCAGGGUUGUGUCCAGUGUAGCGCUGGAAAGUCUGCUUUUCGAUGAUAAUUCAAGGGCAUGCUUAUGUGUGACCGUAUGCAAAUGAGUGUGUAGGUAUCAAGGACAGGCUGGAGCUGAGACAAACUCUGACUGGAGGUCAGAGGUCAUUGACUACAAAUGGUGACUGUCUACCUGAAAGCUCAAGCCCAGACUGUCUCCGUGAUCUCUACCUACCUAAACCUUACCCCCCCCCUGUCCCUGUUACUGCCUGUCGCUUUCUCUUACUUUAGCGCACACAUAUAUGCACCCAUUCGCUCUAAUAUCACCUCAUUAAGACCAUUGCCAUCUGCUCGAUGUGUAACAGUCCAAUUAGAGAGCCGCCCUUUGACCCCACCUGUCCAGAUUUAAUUUGAAAGUCUAAGCUCCUCCAUGCACGCACCUCUUCACUUACACACGUACUGUUUAAAAUCACAGGAUGCUUAUUGGCUGUACAGAAUUUGACCUUUCAUUGUCUCUCUACAGGGUCUGAGCUGAUUUGUCAGCCUUGUGUAUGUUCACCCCCCCAAGUUAGCAGCUGACCAUGUGGAUCUGAAGAGAAAAAGGCGCAGGGAGAAAGCCUUGCACAGUGUGUGUUCACUCUAACACAGCGAGGCUUGACCAAGAGAGGAGCAGAGACAGAACGGAGCAAAGAGAAAAGGCUGAUCGAAAGACAAAAUGUCUCAAAACAGAGAACUGGUGGUUUUCUACAUUAACUAUAAACUCUCUCAGAGAAAUUAUCCUCUUGACCACAUGGACCUCUUAGAGCCAAACAGGACUGAUGGGGCUGGGGCAGGGUCGAGUGAGGACCAGCAGGUAGCGACACACCCCAACGGAACUUUAAACGGCACAAGUCCUGGAACCCCUCCAGCUUCCCCGCUCCGGCAGCAACAGUUGCCGGACACUGCAAAUAUGGAUGCGGUAAAGGAGGCCCUCAGGGACUCUGCCAACGAGUUUGAGCUGCGUUAUGCACUCGCCUUCAGUGAUCUGCACAACCAGCUGCACAUCACGCCGGCCACGGCCUACCAGAGCUUCGAGAACGUGAUGGACGAGGUGUUUCGGGACGGAGUCAACUGGGGCCGCAUCGUAGGGCUUUUUGCGUUCGGCGGGGCGCUGUGUGUCGAGUGCGUGGAGAAGGAGAUGAGUCCACUGGUCAGCAGAAUCAUAGAGUGGAUGACGUUAUACCUGGACAACCAAAUUCAACCUUGGAUUGAGAGUCAAGGAGGAUGGGUAAGUCCCACAGAAAUAUAUGAAUUUACAAUUUCCUGACUAAUCAAGAAUGUUUCAGUCUAAUUUGAGGGGGGCAGUACCAGUAAAGCAGAAUGUUAUGGUUUGCAAGUUAUUCAACCUAUAUAUUGAAUUUAAGAGUACAAAGACUAGAUAUCAAAUGUUGAAACUGAAAAUGUUGUUGUGAAAUGUUGUCCCAUUCUUGCCUGAUUCUGGGUUUCAGCUACUCAACAGUUUUUAUUCAUUUCUCUGUCAUUUUUGUUUUCAUAAUAUGCCAAAUGUUUUCAAGUUAAAACAGCUGUCACGGCCAUGUAGCACCUUGAAUCUUGUUCCAUGGUCAGCUGUGCACAAAGAUGUCUGGCGGGGACUUACUAAGAUAAAAAGAGUCUCCCAUGACAAAGGGUUGCUGUCUGGAUGGCAGCACAUGUUGCUUGAAAACCUGUACAUAUUCUUAAUUUUGCCUCUCCUGAUGUGUAAACUAUGAGAUGCCAAGAUGCUGUCUUAGGAACUUUGCAAUGUGGAAGCACUGCAUGAUCCUUCUCCUCUUUUAAGGCUAAAACAUACAGGAUGCGUAUUGAGCGUAAAUGUCGCCUUUACGCAGCAAAUAGGUUGCAAUUCUAAUCAAUGCAGCAUCACAUACAGGACGCGCAUCAGCUCCGUAUCAUAAGCGUAUUGAGCGCGGCUCUGCUAAAUAUACUCGCAAAGUCUGUUUUUGCUGUUGGAGAAGAGGAUGGAGCGUCCAUGGUUUCCACUAGUCUAUUUUGAAAGGCCCAAAGAAGUAGUGUCUUAGCAUUGUCUUUAAACCUUUGGUUUCAGGGAGGAACUUGUAGCCUGCGCAGUGAUGUCAGUGAUUGCAGUGAUUUUCACUACAGAGUCACAUCUUUUUUUAAUGCAGCACUCAAGGGCCCAUAGAUCAUAGCCACCCUGUACUGGUUUGAAGCCCUGUCCCUUUUGUGCAGAGAUUUCCUAAGAUACUCUGAAUCUUUCAUAAUAUCAUUGACUGCAGAUAAUGAAAUCCUCAAAUUCUUUCCAAUGUCACGCUGAGGAACAUGAUUCCAAAAUUGUUCAACCAUUUGCUCAAGCAGUCUCUCUCCAAGUGGAGAUCCUCCUCUUUUUUAUUCUUCUGAGAAACCGAACCUCUCUGAAUGCCCGUUUUUAUUCAAAGUCAUGUUUGUAACCUGUUGCAAAUUCAUCUCAGCAGAUGGAAAAUGUUCCUCCAGGUUGUAUUUUUAGCAUCAGCAACUUUUUCAGUGUUUUGUUGUCCGUUUCCCAACUGUUCUGCAACACGAUACCGGUGUAGGUACCAGAUCUGCUCGGGGCCCAGCGCCUGUUAAAGACAUCACACUGCGUCCAGUCCACUCGGACAAACUACAUUGCGCUCUAUUUAAUAAGUCAAAUAUGCUCAGUUAAAAGCCCCUCACAUUUUUUUUUACAUCCGUUUGAUCAUUCAAUUGACCUCAAAAUUUUCUCUUCAUAUAACACAGAAAAUUACAACUUACUCCACCGUUAUUUUAAUGGCUUUAAUUGUAUAUGUUAACUUCUUUAAAGAAUUUUUUUUUUAAAAGUACCCAGGAGCUCUAUUUAUCAAUAGCUAGUUUUGCUUUUAUUCCAUAUUUCCUUUGGCAACCUAAAAGAGGCGAUAGUGCUGCUGUCAUGAGUCCCCUUUGAUAAGUAGCGAUCGAUUGCUUCGUAUCAUUCGUCCAUGUUUUCUCCAAAGAACUACAAUUCUAUGAAACCUAAUCCUGCGAAAACUGCUUCUGUAAUGUCCGGACCAACCCCAAUCUUCUACGUCAUCAGAACAAACUGUAAACCAAUCAUAUAGCGUGAUGUCAUCAGUAGGCCCGAACACAUCUGGUACCUACACCGACAUCACGUCUAAAAGAUGUGAUGUCGGUGUCAAUUACAUUUUCAGUUUUAACAUUUGAUAUUGUCAAAUAAAGGACUGAAGUUAUUUAGAAACCAUCAAAAUCUGUUUCUGAACUGAGUCCAAUUUUUUUUCCCUGUUGGGGUUGGAUCAUUUUUCCCUAAAAAUGACAAAUGUUGGAAAACUGAUCAGCAUGAUAUCUCUGAGAAAAGGCCAAGUCUUGUGUUAACAUGAGCUUAAAGAUUACGACAAGGACAAGGAGAGAAGUGUUUGCUGUCUGAUGCGGUUUGAUUUUACAGCCAUUUGACACCUUUCAACAUGACAUGGUUCACUUGCAUGUGUAAGGAAAGCUGAGGUUGCCUGUAUGGAAAAUGUUCCUGUUGACACCUUUUCUUCACACCUAAGCUGGCAGGAACAUCGGAGCACAGAGACCCGUUGGAAAACUGGGAGAACUACUGUGACUGUCCUUGUGUGUGUGUUUUUUUUUCCUUAUUCUGGAAAAAUAAUAUAAAAGCUGUUGGCUCUACUGAUUUCUCACUAUACUUGAAGACCAGAUUUACAGUAUCAUUUUUAUAUUUUGUGACCCUACGAUGUCGGACACCCACUGACCUAAAAUGACACCAUAAAAAAGGUGUAUACACCGUAGUUUUUAUGACCUCAUUCAUACAUGUUAGAACUUGGUUCAUGCACAUGGACCAAGAUAAACCAGUGUGCUGACAUUUCAUUUCUAUCUGCCUCCAUCAGAUAAUGUUUUGACGCUUGGGUGAGGUCCAGGCCGCACACACACACACACACGCGGUACAAUCGAGACUUUCUGCCUGAAACCUGUAAAAACGGAAUGUGUGGUCAGCAGCUGGUUCAGCUGUUCUCUAAUUGAUCAGCAGCAUGAAGCCGAAUCGAAGCAGGAGCUUAACAGGCUCCAUCAGGGCUUUGUAGCGCUCUCUGGAGAUCGAAGUUCUCUCAUCACAGAGCUUCAACAGAUAACCCUUUGUUUUUAUUCUGGCCAGUUGAUUGGCUCUGCGCUUCGUUUCUCUUUCUUUUUCCACUAUCUGUCUAUUUUCCUCUCCCUGCCCUGUCCCGUCCUCUCCUGUGUGCUCUUCGUCAAAGCAGCUGGAUCCAGAUAAAAGCUCUGUUGUUUUCUGUAGUUGGCUGGAGAGUGGACCUGUCAUGGUACCGACUGUCCAAGUGUGUGUGUGCUUUUGUUUGUGUGGACUUCAGCUCAUGAACACCUCCAAGACAGUGAAGGUCAGCCCUUUUCCUUUGUGUGGACCAUUUUAUGGUAUGACGUAGGGCCAGGGCGAGCGGAGGGGUUGUUUAUGUUUGGCUCCAAAGCCAUUUAACACAGGGUCAAAGGUCGAUCCUCUAUAAACUGGUAUUCCAGUUGCUGAGCAGCAUGCUUUGGAGAUAAUCCCCGUGGUCAGACAGUGGCAUUGCGUUUUUUCAUUCUGCAGAUUUUAUAUAUUUAUUACAACAUUGGGCUGAAACCUGGAGAUAACAUGCAGGAGAGGGUGUAGAGAUGAUGAGGUCAUGGAAACGGGUGGCAGGAUAUGAUGUAUGACAGGACGGGAUAAAGCAAUGCAACACACUGCUGCUAUAAGUCGUCUUUUUUGUUAAAGGAAUGCUGUGGCGUCUUUCUCAGCCGCUCCCGAAGGUCUGCUCUGAUAAACACAAUACCACCUUACUUCACUUAUGCAUUAGUAGCCAUGUUAAUGUCAUUAAAUGGGUGGCAGGGUUGUGCUCUGGUUCACUCUGAAAUAUAUCAACAACUCCUGAAGUGAUUUCCAUUAAAUGUUGCACAGACAUUCAUGUUCCCUUGAGGAUGAAUCCUAAUGACUUUGAUAAUCCCCUUUAAUUCCCCUCCCUCUUUUUAUUCACUCUCAAGCUCACUCGACCACCGCUGCUCUCCCUCUUUGAGCCGGAGGGGUGAAGCCUAUUUUGACUAGUUUGUGUACAAACAGCAACCAACUAUUAGUUCUCACUAUAGCUUUAUACCUUUACAGGGCAGGAAGUCCGGGCUUCCUUAAAGGUGAGGUGUGUUUGCACAAUAUUGGACAUUUGCAAGUAUCUGAUGUGCUGAUAUUUUCAAAGUCAUGUCGGCUUCUGUUAAUACCCUGUACAUACAGUUAUUUUAUGAUUGAUGUACUGAUUGAUUUUACGAGAAUAGUAAAUGUAUUCUUUUGAUGCUGUUCAGAGUGAGACUUUAGGAGAAGCAUGGUAAAGAGUGUGAGUGUUUGAGUAGUGUUGUUCUGCUCCUCUUUCCAUCUUCUGUACUUUAUAAGCCUUACAAAUGACUAUGUUGUCAUCAACUCUUGAUAAUACUUCCAUACAACCAACAUGUGGAAGCAUUUAUUGGCUCGCAUGAACUGUCACCAAUCAAUCAAUCAAUCAAUCAAUCAAUCAAUCAAUCUUUAUAUAUUCAGCGCCACUUCACAACACGUUAUCUCAAGACACUUCACGAAAAGGGCUGGUCUAGACCUGGCUCUUUGUUUUAUUUACAAAGACCCAACAUCAAGAUGGGGUAAAAUUGAGUCCCAUCUUUUAAGGCCAGACCCAUCCUGAUCACCACUUUAACUGCCACAGGCGUAACGCUUUGCAAGGAAGAAGUUCCUUUUAACAGGCAGGAAGCUUGGACAGUCAUCUGCUGAGACUGUGUUGGGAUUAGAGAGAGGGAUGGAGACAACAACAACAACAACAACAACAACAGUAGUACAUAGACAUCAGUGAUGAGAGAAAAAAUCAAAACAGCAUAGUGCAACGAUAUUUUGUCUGGUGAUAUAUUGUAUCGUCUUAUCCACCAAGUAUCAAUUUUUUUAAAUUAAUUGUUAAUAUGAAGUCAAAUCUAUGAUAAUGGAAAAAUAAAAUCAACUGUUUGUCCAGUGAGGUUGGCAAAGGUGACAUCAUAGAGCAGAAGAAAGUUAGUACAAAAAAAAAAUAUAUAAGGUUUGCAAGAUGUGCAACAUGGAAAUAAAAUACUGUGUAAAUAAGACGAACAUAAAGGAAAGGCAAAUGUUGAAUUGGCCAAACAAUUGAAAAAAUUAUAUAAAUUGUAUCGCAAUACUCACUGUUUAGGAAAAUGUUUAAAAUCGCAAUAAUAUUGUAUUGUGGCCCAAGUAUCGUGAUAAUAUUGUAUGGUGGGGCCAGUGGUGAUUCCCACCACUAACAGACAGAUGGUUACAGUGCCAGUGAUAAUAGAAUAAUUAUGCAUACUAUCAUUGAGAACCGCAUGUUGAUGGUGACAGAGUGAUUGUAGUUGAAAUGCUGUUGAAUGAAAGUCUUCAGGUCUAUAGUAGUAGCAUAUCAGUGAUAGAGUUUGUAAUAAUGAAGUUGAAAUGAAGAGACUGAUGCUUGAGUGCAGGCUGGUCCACAGUAGCAGGAAGUCCGUGGCAGUGAUCCAGAGGAACCAACAGGGUAAGGGAGCUCAGGGACUUCCAGAGGAGACUCUGGUUAGGUGAUUUACAUGGGACACAAUGAUUCAAAGUGAAAGAGACACAGACAGAUGGUCAUGGCACGCCCAUCGUUAAUGUGUUACCUUAUCGGCCUUACAAAUCCGCACAAAUAUUCAUACCUGCUGGUACAGAUAAACAACUUUUUCACGUUUCUAUCAGCAAAUCAUGGUAUCUUGUUGAUCAUAUCAUGCAUUUAUUCUGUAAAUGGACAGAACCAAACUGUACAAGUUUCUAUCACACCUAUUAGCUUUGUUAUCAGAGUUCACACACUGAUAUUGCCUGUUCACUGUGCAGGCUGCCAGUAGCUGAUUAAUCUAAUAAGACACUAAUACUUUCCUACCCUGCUGCAAAUGGCUUAGGCCUAUCCUAUUAUCAAGACAUGGGGAAAACCCUCAGUCUUUAAUCAAUCUUAAACCAUCUUAAUGUCUCAUCCGUAAGGUUGUUACCAUACCAAAAGUCCACCCUUUCACGGUAAGUUAGAUGCACUCUGCCUGCUCGUUCAUUUAACUUUUGUUUCUUUGUAUAGAGUUUGUCAAAGCGGCUGAGCCAAGGGUUAACUGAAAAAUAAAACAUUUUGAAUGCAAUUAUGAGCUUAUUACAUUAUUAUCAUGGCAGCUAAUUUUGUUUUUGACAAAAAAGCAUAAAAUAUAGCUUGUCUACAAACUGGUGGUGCAUUCAGGCAGAGGUUAAAAUAAUGAUAAAACAAUUUCUCUUCUGACCACAAAUAAAUAUUUUUACCAUCUCUGUCAUCAACACAUCGGUCACAUGUGGUCGAUCUCCAUGAUCUCAUGAUGUCAAAAAUAUCUUGGCACCUACACGCACACCCACACUCAUACAGCCCGUCAAGACAGUUUACACAGCAACAAAUGAGACCUUAUAUUUGUCAGCAUGUAGUGGCUGCCUGUGGUCAGUGGCUUCCAUGUCAGAGUAACCUCGACUUAGAGAAGUGAAUGACUUUAAACUAAAAACACUGAAUGGAUCAGCAUGUUAAGAUGUCAAAACUGUUAUGGUUUCACUUCUCUUGCUGAUGAAAAAACACUGUCUCGGAAACACAUGAUGCCACUUCCUUCCCUAACAAGCUUAUAUAAUUCAAUUCUGUUCUGUUGUUGAUUGGGUUGUCUGGGGCUCAGUACUGAGAAUUGGCUUUUUGAGUGUCUCUGAAGUCACACACAGUGACACUUACCACACAGGUGCAGUCCCUAUGUGCUGCGACAGACUAAAAUAUACGGCUCAGUAGGUAGGUGGCUUACCGUGAAGUGCCUUAUCAUUUCUGUACAUCACUCUUCUGCUUUCCCCGUCUUUGUCACAGUAUCAAUACUCUUUUUUUGUGGUUCGUCUUUUCAAAGCCACCUUCAGGUUCCCUCAAAUGUACCUGAAUUUCUUUGUAAACCCACAUGAGAUUUUGUAGGUUUUUUUUGUCUUCCUGUGUUUUAUUUCCCUCGUUCUUCCUCCUUUCCUCCCCUGAUGCUUCCUCAGAGGGAUGAAGCACAGAGCGAGCCGUUGGCAGAUGUGGGAACCUGAGUGAAGCUGUGAGGCAGGUGUGCCCUUAGUGUUCGCUGAUGAAAUAUUAGGCUCUUCCAGGAUGAAGCAAGGUCACCCUCUCACUUGUGCUCAUUGUCUUCACCUGUGUUGUUUAGUGAUUUUGUUGCUUCCCUCUUUUUGUGAAUUUUCUGGUUCUUUGAGAAAAAGUGGAGAUAAAAAUUGAGAGGAGGUGCAAACUACAGACAUAGAAAAACAUAGAGAGUGGGUUAUAAUUGAGUGAUUAAUUCAUAUGUACAAAAUAACCACAGCCAGAUGGUAAGAGGCCAAAAAGAGUUACUCUGUAGCCUUGAAAUAUUACAUAUAGGUGUCAGAUUUUAUUCCCAUGCUGCAAAUCUUUGCCAGCACAAGUUUGAUUCCCCAGUAGCAAGGGAAGAUAUGAUAGCUUUCCGACUGCUGCAGCAGCAGAAGAGCUCGGGGGGAGGAAUUGGAGCAGCCAAUCAAAUCCACUCCUAUAGCUACUGAACAUUGUGUCCACUAGUUUUGUUCCUGCUCUCAUUGCUUUCGGGCAUAUUGUGGAAAAAGUUCUUUAUUUUCUGCACUGUUCAUUACCUUCUGCUCGUGAUGGUGCUGACCCUUACAGUCUGACUUUACAUUAUGACAUCUUUAUUAAAUUUAAACUAAUGUAAUGUUUGCAAUGUUUUUACUAUCACAGAAAUGAUUGACACAAUGUUGAGGGAGAGAGAGAAGAAAGCAUGAGUGAGGUGGUGGGAAAGGAGGGUGUGAAAAGCAACUAAGAAGGAACCUUUGACGAAAACAUGAUGGGGAAAAAGCCUUGAAAAGAGCUGGGUAUCAUCACUGACUAGUUGGAUCUGAUUCAUUUCACAAGGCCCCCUUUUGAUUUGAUUUCAGAUUUGAUUCAAUUUGAUUCAGUAUCACUUCAUAUAGUUAUAUUUCAGUCACAGUACCAGUCUUGUUUAUAACAAUCAAGAGCUAAGGUCAGUAAAUGUAUCAGGGACCUUCUAACCAAAUGUGUCAUCUGGAACUUCUUUGUCAAACUGACUGUAAAGCAAAUAUAGUCAUGUACUUUUUAUUUCACAUGAUGACUAACACACUGCAGCAGUCAAAAUGAGUUACACUGUGAGCACUUAUUUGAUAAAGCUUCUUUAGAUGGCACCAAAAGUCUUCACUGAUACGCAUUUAUUUCUUUAUUUACUGUGUUAUUCACUGGCCAGAAGUUAACUUUGUUAUAUCCUAGGGGUGGGAGAAAAAAUCGAUACAGCACAGUAUCGGGAUAUUUUGUCUGGUGAUGUAUCGUAUCGUUUCAUUAACCAAAUAUCGAUUUUUAAAAAUUAAUUGUUAAUAUGAAGUCAAAUCUAUGAUAAUGGAAAAAAAAUCAACUGUUUGUCCAGUGAGGUUGGCAGAGGUGACAUCAUAAAGCAGGAGAAAGUUAGUGCAACAAACAUGUUUGCAAGAGGUGCCACAUGAGAAUAAAAUACAUUGCAAAUAAGACAAACAUAAGGAAAAGCCAAAUACUAAAUUAGCUAAACAGUUAAAAAAAUGUAUAAAUUGCAAUAAAUUGUAUCGCAAUACUCACUGUUUAGGAAAAUGUUUAAAAUCCCAAUAAUAUUGUAUUGUGGCCCAAGUAUCGUGAUAAUAUCGUAUGGUGGGGCCACUGGUGAGUCCUACCCCUAUUAUAUCCUGUCUAUCUACCUAAAAAGCCAUACUGUACUGUAGAAUAGUAAAACAUUGAUGUCCAGUAUAUCUACUACCUUAAAGCUAAUUGUUCUAGUGCAAAGGACUGACUGAUCAUUUUACACAAAUUCAUAAUAUACCCUGUAAAUAAGCAACAGUCUUUGUUUUUGUGAUGCUGUAUUUCACCUCUGUAUACAGUUUUAGGAUGGUCGUCUCACUCAAAUGAUUGUAUUUCAUAGCGGGGUUGGGUGUCCUAAAUAAUUGAGGCUUUAGAAGCCAGAAUGAUGACCAACACUGUACUGCUGAGUUUCCUAAUGCACGUAAGUUGCAACAGCCUCAGUUAUUUUAGGGCACUUAGAGAGCUGGGCGGUAACUUAAUCUUUAAUGCCUUCUUCUCCAGUGGGGCUUGUUUUAGAUUGUGCAUAUUUGCAUGUUGUUAAAUUAGGUGAUGCAAAGAUCUUUAGCUUUCCCAUAUUUUGUGUCCAAAUUGCACAGCUUGCAUAUGGGAUUGCUUUUGUCUCGCUCUUCUGUCUCUAAGGUUUUUACUCUACAGUUUCUUAGUGCCUUUAGUGGAACAGACCCCUUGUCCUGACACCUUAUGUGGCCAGACACUGAGAUUCUGACAGAAAUGGAUCAAGGAAGGUUGUAUCAAUGUGCAGUAAUUGAAGAUACUUUUUCAUUGUUUUAUCAUAUAGUAAUUACACUGGGGUCACCAAAACUCAACUUCCAAAUGGUUGGCAAAUGUUAAAAAUGAAAGGGUGAACUUCAAACAUCUGAAAGCAACACUGUUGCUAAUCUUGUGGUGGAGUAAUAAGUGUUAAUGUUGUAAUAAUCGUAUUUGAGCUUCCUGAGUGUUUCUCAGAAUUAGCAGUCUUAGAGUCUGUUACCAAGUUUGAGAAUUGACUUAAAAAUAGCAUUGUAUCUGAAAAUCAAACCUUUUCCGAGAAGGACUUGUUUUUUUUCUCCUAAAAUUCUUUUAUGACUGUACCACACUGUCUUGUGCUUUGACAAAUGACUUGAUUUAUGAUGAACAGAGCUUUUCAUUUAAUGUUGAUGUCCCAAUAUUUCUGCAAACAAAUCUGAUGAUUGAAUGAGCUUCUUAGCUGUGUGUAAAUCUAUCUUUGGGGGGUUUUUGGCUUUUUUUUUUCUGAAAUGCCUUCCACAAAAAGGGAAAAUAAUUGUGAGCUACAACGCUGGUUCUGCCAGAAUUUUAAUCAUUCAGCAUUUCAGCUGCUUCUCAGUGUGAGUCUCAAUAUGCAAAUCCAAAGAAAAGUUCGACUGUGGUUUGAAGCAGUGAAAAAGUUCAGAUGGCAGGUAAAUAUAGAGAAGUGACAGGUGUUUUGCACAACAGAGCAAACCUGACUGUCAUGAAAUCUGUUGAAGUCUCAACCUUAAUGAUCCCGCUGGAGCUCAUUGUGGAGCCUCCUCUGUCCAGGGAUGCAGAGACAUUUAAUAGCGGCAGAUUCUCCCUCCAUGCCUGAUGUUUUUAAAGAAGUGUAGGAGCAAAGCCAUAUAUUGUGGGAUAAUAAACCUUGGCAGGCAGCAGUGGUAGAGACAGUGCCAUCGACCUAAUAAUGCUGUUUCCAGCAGAGCAGGCGAUGGCAGUGAUUACUCAGUGGAGAUUGAGCCGCCUCAGGGUGGGGGUACGGGGUUAUUACCAAUUAUAGAUGAAUAAUAUCUCGACCUGCUACUGGGAGAAACAUUGUGUUUUUUUCUAUCUGACAGACUAAUAAAAGCUAAACUCAUUUAGAGGAAUCACACCGCUACAGUCUGGGGAAGCUUGGCUGGAUCUGGGUGAAGAUGGGUGGAGGGAUGGGGGUUUCUGCUAGAGUAACAAGGGAGAAAAAGAGACCAUUAUCCUGGUGGAUCUGCUUUAUGCGUUCACAGUCUCAGGAAGGUCAGGGAAAAGUUAACUACAAGAAAAAUGUCCUCAAGCACUAAAAGUCUGCUCAUAUUGUAUAGUUUUCUCAGCCUUUUUAAAAAUAACCUUUGACACUUAGGGCUGUAAACGGAACAUGUUGUUAUGCCAUUUUCAGCCAACGGUCUAUAUUUUUGCCUCUUUGUUAUUUUGAUAACACCCAGAACAUGUUCCUGCUGCUGCUGCAAAUACCAACAUGUGUUUUUGUCUGCAGCUGAAAUAGCGCCUCCAAUAAUAAGCCAUGCUAUAUAUUCAUCAACAAAGAACAGAGACGCGCAAGAGAAGGUCCUCAUCCUUUUGCUGAGAGACACAUGCAGACCAAGAGAGAAAGCACUGAAAGGAUGUUUAAUAGUAAAUAGUAAAAAAAAAAAAACAACUGCAUACCAAAUCUUGUUUUAUAAAGGAAACAAUCUCUGCAUUGCUUUGAACACUGUGUGGCAGUACCUGCGUCCAAAUGGACUUAAAGCACUUUUUGGCUCUUACUGAUCUUUUGUUUCAUGUCUAGAUCUUUGCUUGUGUUCUUCUUGUUCUUAAUUGUUUGUCCCUCUUUGUAACAAUCUAAAUGGAAAAUCAUUAAAAUGGACGCAUUGAAUAAAACAAGGUAAGAUGCUUUUUUUAUGAUCUUUUAAAUAAAAUCACAUUUCAGUGUCUUUAAAAAAUUAAGUCAUCACAUUUGAAUUAAAUGAAAUAUAAUCAUGUUUGUGAAUAAGGCAGCAAAGUAUUAUCAUUUAAUCACCAUCAAAAUCAAAAUAUGGAUGGUGGGUCUCAUAAUGAACAGACCUUGGAUCUAUUGUCUCGUAACUCACCCUGUUAAACAUCUGUGUUGCACUGUUGUUUCCUAACAUAACUCUGCCUGAGUUGUUAGUUAACUUGUCCUACUUUUGUUCUACUUUGGUCCAGUCACCAUGUCUCUCAAUCUCUCAUUCCCCUGGCGCUGUAGUUGUGAAAGAGCUCUGGCCUCAUUCAUGAAGGGUACACUUAGUUUCAGAUAAAUGGUAUCGUACACUGUUUGGCAUUUAAUACUAAACCCUACAAAUAAGACAGAAAUGUUUUCUUCACAUGUAUUCAAAGAUUUUUUUACAUUUAAAAAAAAAUAAUAAGAGUAUGUUUUUGUGAGUUAUUUGCAAUAUUCUAACAUUAGUGUUAACUUGCUGUCCCCACAGGAACAGCCCUGAAGAAAUUUUGUAAAACUAAAUAACCAGGAAGGUUUUGAAAAAUCAUGAAUAUUCUUGAUGGUGAGGAAAGGGUACUUAAAGAGUUAGUAUUAUGUUUUUUUGUUUUUUACUAACAACUGUUAUUUUUAUAUUAUGGGUGCCAGUACUGAGUGUUGGCAAAGUUUCAAAUUGUAAAGUUUUAAGUUGUUUCUAAAUGGCUUAUUCAAAACGUUGCAUGAGAAUUUUGCAACAGGAACAUGACAUUUACCCAAUUCGAGAUUUCGUCAUGAAUUGGUGAAUCACUUCAAAAGUUUGUAAUAGAUACAGCACUGAUGCGUUCUUGUUUGCUGGGGAUUAUCAUGUCUCUUUCCAAAUUUUGCAGGGCAGAUUUGGGGCCAACAUCAACUUCCAUGUUUUAUAGUUUGUCACUUUAAAUAAGGAAAUACUGGUGAACUCAUUGAUGACUACUUUGCAGCAUGACAACAAUGGAGGAGGCUUCUUGGGUGUUUUCAAGUAUUUGAUUUCUGUACCAUAAUUUUUAAUGCUUCUUAGUACUGUGAGUGAAUAGGUCUCAUGCCUCAUGUGGACUGAGGAAGAUCAGCAAAGAGGUAAAGGGGUAAAGAGGUAACCUUGUCUACAGGGGGUGGUGAAUUCGACACAAACCCAAAGUUCCACACAGGAGCUUUGCCUAUGUUUAUAAAACUACAUAGAAAGUCAGAGUUUGUAUUGGUGUAAUAUGUAUCAAUAGAUUUUUUGGGGAUCGCAGGGUCAUGAAAUGUUGCCUUAAAGAGCUGGAAAAGUCUUGAGAAUUAUUGGCUAAAGUUAGUUUGAACCCAGAAAUAAGUCCUUAACUGGGUAAGUGAACCAUGCACCCUUUUCCUGGACUUUCUCUAGUCUGGGCUGCAGAGUUAGUUUAAUCUUUCAGGCAAGGUUUCUCACAUUGUUUGUUGACUUUGUGACUGUAGAUUUAUUUCAAUAUUGAUAUUUUUAAAUUUAAUUUUUUCUUAUUUUGUUAUAUUUCAAAACCUGAAGCUGUGCUAUUGCAGCUGGACACUGUUAAAAAAUAUUUGAUUUUAAAAUAAGAGUUCUUGUUUAAUUAAAUUUAAACAACAACAAUUAAGGUGGUUUGGAAAGCACUUAGGCUGUUAUACGGUGAAGUGGAUAAUACUCUGAGGCUGUAAUUUAACUCUCUUGACUUGUUUUGACAGGGAAAACACCUGAGCUUCCUUUGUGUCAUCCUUCAUAGUAGACUUAUUGACUUUCUCUCUCUCUCUCUCUCUCUCUCUCUCUCUCUCUCUGUGUCUGUCUCUCUCUCUCUCUCUCUCUCUCUCUCUCCCUCUCUGUAAUUAACAUGCACAUAGGAUAGGCUGUUAGAUCCCCAGCCACCCCCCACCUUCCGCCCUUCAUCACCCUCCCUCUCUCUCUCCUGCCAUCUCCUCCACCAGCACUCCUCCCCCGCCACCAAUCGAUUUUUGUCCCUUAUUUUUCUGUCUUUGACUCCUCCCACUCCUCCUCCCUUUUUAUUAAUCAUUUUUAAACCCCCUUAUUUCCCCUCCUGUCUCCUCUUCCUCUCCCUAACCUCCGCCUCCCAAUCCCCUUCCUGUCUCCUCUGCAUCCAUCUACCUCUACCUUACAGACUAUAUUGGCUAAACACAUUACAGAGCAGACAUGCUACCGCACGCCUCAUCAAUUCCACUGUUAACCUCGUGUGCCCUUGUUCCAGCAUCUUCUCCUGUGUGUGUGUGUGUGUGUGUGUGUGUGUCUGUUUGUUUAUCAAAAACACACACAUAUAAGAGUGACGAUAUAGAUUCUCCCUGACUUUAUCUCCUCUCGCCAUCCCUUUACCUCCACCACCCCCACCUGCUCAUCUGCCACCAUCCCUUCAUCUCUCCCUUCAUUCCCCUGUACUCCCCCCUGUACUCCCUCCAUUCCAUCCUAUCUCCUUUCCCCUUCAUCACUAAUGGCUCACGUGUGGCUAAUUAGAGAGAUUUUUUUUGUUUUAAUAGCUUCCUUGGUUUUGUUUUUAAGGGCGGUGUUGAGCCCAUCAGGAAAACUUUCCCUGAACUGAUUGUUUUUGUUUGCAGCCAAACACGUGGCGUGGGUUGUUGUUGUUGUCUCAUACGUUUGUGCAUUUUAUUGUAUGGUAGUGCGCUGCAGAGAGGAGGGGGGACGGCGCGAUGUCAGACUGGUCAUGUGACUACCUCAAACAAAGGACCCGUGGCCACAUACACACACAUACACACAGAGGAAUUUGCUUUACUGGCUUUUUAGUUGUACCCACAGGUGUGUUGUCACCCUCCAGACAAAGCCAUCGCUGAAAGAGAUUCAGAAGCAACUUUAUCAUUGUCUCAUUUUUUAACUUGUGACACACACUGAAUAUCCUCACACACGUACAAUGGUCUCGCAAACCCUUUUGGCAGUGGAUCAAUGGCGGCGACUAUUCAGGCACUGUCAAUAAACGCCUCUGUGUGGUGGGCGGCUCUAUGCAGAUUGAUCCCUGAAUGUUUUCAUAUGAAUGUAGCCGAGCUGUUCUGCCAUAGAGUUGUCUCCAUUGUUUAUGUGUGCAUGUGUUUAGCUCAUGCAUUAGCUUUCCCUUAUCUGUGAGAUUUGAUGAGUGAGUGUGUUUGUGUGUGUGUGUGUCGAAGUGUUGUCAAUGAUGUGUGUCGGACUCACAGCUUGAAAAUGGCAGCCAACAGAUUGUAUUGUUCGGUUGCCUCCAGCUCCUUGACGAGAACAUCAGGGACAUGUCUCGUGUUGUUCACCGUAAGAACACACACCACUGAGCUGUGUUAGUCUGAGGAGACUCUGUCAUUUACUGAUAUUUUAAUCCAGCUUUAUGUUACACUUUUGAGAAUAAGGAUUGUGGUUGUUUUACCAUAAAAUGCUAGUGUGGUAAAAAAAAAAAAGUUUUGGUCAGAUUUGGGUGAUCUUUAAUUUGUUUGCGACUUUAUGGCACCGAUACUGCUACUCAUUUCUCUAGAAUUGAUAAUAACCCAGUAGCUAUACAACCUGCAUGCUUUUAUUUGGCUUGAACUUUUUCAGAUCACUCUUAGAAGUCUGUAUUUUUACAUUUUCUUUUGUUAGAUGUUUCUUUCACAUUCAUCUGGCUUCAUUGCAGUUAUGCGACAGAGCUGAGAAAAGACCCUAAACAUUAGGGGUGGGAGAAAAAAUUGGUACAGCAUAGUAUUGCGAUAUUUUGUCUGGUGAUAUAUUGUAUCGUCCCAUCCACCAAGUAUCAAUUUUUCCAAUUAAUUGUUUACAUUAGUCAAAUCUAUGAUAAUGGAAAAAUAAAAUCAACUGUUUUUCCAGUGAGGCUUGCAGAGGUGACAUUAUAGAGCAGGAAAAAGUUAGUGCAACAAAUAUAGCAGCACCUGGGGAAAGACAUUAGGAAUGAAAGCAGGGCACAAAUGAGAUGGACCUGACAUAUAAUGUUACCAAGAAGUGCUACAUGAAAUAAAAUACUGUGUAAAUAAGACAAACAUAAAGGAAAGGAAGAUGCUAAAUUAGCUAAAAAGUAGGAAAAAAUUGCAUAAAUCCCAAUAUAUUUUAUUGCAGUAUUUACUGUAUUGCAAUAUGUUAAAAAUCGCAAGAAUAUGGUAUCAUGGCCCAAGUGUUUUGAUAAUAUCGUAAAGUGGCCCAAGUACCGUGAUAAUAUCGCAUCAUGGCUCAAGUAUCGUGAUAAUUAUGUAUCAUGGGGCCACUGGUGAUUCCCACCCCUAAAAGAUCAUGUCAUAUUGAGGUUUCAACGUGUGAUUUCCCAUCAUAUAAUAUAUCAGUGCAGAGGCAUGAAGGGUAUGGCUUGUAAACGCACAGCUUUCUGGUGUAAUCCCUUAUUGUCUGCCCCCAUCUAGCUUUAACUAUAGCAUUCAUUGAUUGCAUCAUGUAUUCAUCACCAAUGUCAUCACACAGCUGUCUUUUUCCACCGUCAUAGUUAGAGCCAUGCUGCACAUGUGCAGUAACAUUUCUCCUCUGUGAUUACUGUAUAGCACCGCUCCUGUUAUGAAGUUACUGAGCUGUCUUGUUUACAUCUCACAGCCCAUACAGAGCUGUUUGUAUGUUUUUGCAUUAAAAUAAAGUCAUCUUAAAUUAUAUGUGUGUUUAGAAAUGAAACCACGAAUAAAAAGUUACUUGCCAUCACAAAAAUGUUCCUGUGGGCCUUUCACCUCCUAAAUAAAAAAUUUCAUAGGAUUUUAUUUCUUGGUGUGCCCUGUGCACAUGACACCUCACAAAGACUAACCUGUUGACUUGAAAUUAACAAGGUUGUUUAGAAAGCUGUGGAGAACGCUUAUCACAUUUUCUCAAGGCUUGUUAUUAUGUCACUGUCAAUCCAGUUGAUCAAGCUACAAAUACUUAUAGUUCAAAAAAUCUCCAAAAAGCAGCAAAUCCUCUUCUCAUAGUUGCUGGAAGCAAAAACAUUUGCUCAAAAAUCACUAAAAUUAUUAAGCAGUGAUUUUUAUAUCAUGAUUUUCUGCAUCAAAUUUGCAGCUAUGCUUAUGACACUCCAACUGUCUUUUCUCCAGAAAAUACAGUAUGUAAAAACUAAUGUUAUUGACUCUAUAGUUAAAUGUCUUCCUUGCCUGGCACUGUGAUCAUCUUCCAGGAAUCCAACAGUGGAGGAGGGGAUGCAGGGUCACCCCCUCCACUGACAAUGCUGCCAGAUAACUCGACAUCAGCAAAUUGGUAAAUUUAAAGUGUAAUUCUGAGGCUGUGCCUGCUGAACCAAAUGGUAUGCUGUGGUUUAGAAGAGGUCUGGUUGAUAGGAGGCUCCUUUAUGAUCACAAUUGAACUCUUCACAACAGGUUUUGUGUCCAUUCUACAUCAAAUCUAGUCCCUUUCAAGCCAGCUUCCAUUCUUGGUCUCCUUCCCACUCUUGGUUGGGAUACUAAAAGCCGUUUUUGGAGAUUUUGUUUACUUCCAAAACCAAAGAUUUGGCCAAACCACUUCUGUAAGGUCUCUAGAGGUUCACAUACUUGCUUUUGAGGAAAAAUUCUUGAGCAACAGUAGAGACCACGCAUGAGUCUUUAGCACCAUUUAAUUUGUAGCUGUCUACCACAAACACACACACAACAGGACCUUCAGAAAUAUUCUUGUGACUUCAGUGAAUUGAUGAAAGAAAAUUUGUUUACUUUCAGGGUAAAUCAUUUCAUGAAAAGCAAUCUAAGACCAGUUUUACACUCAUUAAAUUGACAACCUUUAUGACUUUAACAACCAACUGCUGGUGCAGCAGGAUUUCAGACUACUGCCACCCACUGUGUGUGUUUACAUCUUUUGUCAGAACAUCAGUUGGUCACGUUAAAGACGAGACCUGUAAGCCCUGUAGAUCACACACAGCAGUGAGACAUCACACACUCUCUAAUGAGCACGUUUGCUGCAUUUAGACUGCAACAGACCCUUUGUUUCUCUUUCCUCUUAUUUAGAAACACACACACACUGGUGUCACAGCAGCAAGCUUCAGAGUGUUCCAUAUCCAGGCACUGUUUAUGUAUACAGGACAGAUAUCCAGCUGUGUAAUAUAUGAGUGUGUGUGUGUGUCUAUACUGCCAGAACACUGCAGAGUGUGCAGCUAUUAGAGCGGCUUUGCCAGACUGGUAGACAUCCGACUUUCACCGUAGUGCACCAUUAUGUGCCGCCCCCCCCUCAGAGGUGUCUGGCAAAGUGUGGCUGCAGAGAGCGUGGAAGAUAAGAAUAGAGAGAGGCAGAUGCAUAUGGCGAGCACUCAGGAGGGCAGCUUUUUGGACGCAUUUUCUGAUGACUCUGCUUUGCUGUCCCUUCUCUGCGGUUCAGAGUCCGACCACAGGAUCACUUUACUGAUUUUAUUUCUUGGUGUGAUAACUGCGUCCUUAGCUUUUAUUGAUUUUAUGCAUAACAGAGAGAGCGACGUAACCGAGCUGAGUUGAGAAACGCAGAAAAAAUUGUGCAUCAUUUAUACUAAAAGCUUGGACAUAGUUAUGUCAUAUUAGAUACUUUGUCAGUAUUUUCAACAAACACCUUACAAUUGGUGCUAACACUGGUGCUGCUGUGAGUGGGGGCAACAAAGAACUCCCCAUGUCUCUGUCAGUCCUGUGAUCCUCUGUUGUUUUAUUCAUCUUUUAUUGUGAGUCACUGGAGUUUUUCUUUUAUCUGCUUGUUUUUACAGCCUUGUAGUGAAAGCCAUAAAACAGCCUGAAACACAUUGUUAAAAUUUGUCUGAAGAUCACUUGAGUGAAACGAGAUCUGAAUUUUUAUUGCAGCCUACAAGUCCUCCAAAAGGCAGUGCACAUUUGAGAUUUUCUGAAUCUUGUUCAACCCUUCUGCUGCCGGACUAGAGCUGUGCAACGCAUUAGAUCGUCUGAUUGACUGUAUGGUUCUCACACAUUCACAAAGCCAGAACAAACUAGGGCUGCACGAUUAAUUGAUUUUAAAUCGUAACCAGAUUAUUUGAUUAUGGUGAUGUUAAAAAAUUAAAAUCAUCAUUUCAGUUUUCCUCUCUAUCAUGUCUCACACCUCCAUGCCACCAUAGGCUCCCCCUUCCUGUGGGUAGCCUACGGUGGAAACAUGGCGGUUGCAAAAGAAGGCGAUAAUGUCGUGGCUAAACAGGACAAGAGCAAGUCAGUCGUUUGGAAUUGGUACAGCUUCACAGUUUCAGAUGAAGAGCAAACCACUCCCCGCUGCGAAGUCUGUCUGAAGACGGUAUCAACCCGUCCACACAGAAACUAAUUCAGGAGUAAAUGCAAACGCUUUUUGGCAUAUCGGCGUUUCAUCAACAUUGAAACAGCCUUUCAGAUGACUAUAAACCGUACUUUUUGAAAACAAGUCAGAGAGUGCAUAAAUCCGUAAACGACUACCAUUUCAUCUCUGUGUGGAUGCCUAUCUGCAUCUCUUGAAACGAUUAUGUUACACAGCAUAACUCUUCUAUCAGUGUCCGGCCACAACAUCCUUUAUACGCAUCCUCUGUACUCUUCUUCUAUCUUUAGUGCAUUUCCUGUGCAACGUUACAGCACCACUUACUGGCUUGGCAUAUGCACUACAUCGUUUUUACUGGUUUCAUUCUGAAAGAUGAUAGAAAAACUUUUUAUUAAAGUGAAGUUUGGUGAAGUUGACACUGAAUGAAAAAUAGAAAAUUGAGUUUUCAAAGAAAAAAAAGUGGGAUUUUAUUUUUGGCCAAAAUCAUGCAGCCCUAGAUCAAACCUAGUAGGAGAAGACUUCUGUUCGUUCAAUAUAUGCAGUUCGCAACAUGCAAAGCUGGUGCAGCUGCCUGCAUGGCUGAGGGUAAAAAUGAGUGAACAAACAGCACCAGGACACGCAAACAAAACACCACCAGCCUUCGAGUUAGCUUUGUUAGAUUCAAUGGCUAGUUGUGGAUCAUCCUUAUGUGCAUGUUUGGCUCAUGAGACCCUAAUCUUCAGAUUAUGUCAGUUCCCAUUGAUCACAGCUCUACAAACAACUUGUUUCAUCAUCUGCCUCUAAACGGAAGGUAAGAGUUAAGAGGGAGGUAAGACUUUCUUGAUUCCCUGAGGUGAAAUUUAGCAAGACAAAAUGGUGCAAAGAGACAGACCCAGAAGGAAAGACACACCAGCAGUGAAGCCCAAAUAGUACACUUUUUUAAAGAUCAACUCAUUAUACUGGUAAGAUGAAACACUGACACCCAUAAUGAGCUGAAUGCUGAAUCUCAGCCCUGAUAAUCAGGGGCGGAAGUAAGCAGAGUGCAUGCUUUGCCUUCAUGCCUCAUCAAACCCGACAGAGAUUUGCCCUCUCUGUGUUUACAACAAGCACAUGCUGACAGUUUGCAUAGCAGAGAUGCUGCUGAAUGUUAUGUUUUACCAGCUCUGCAUGCAGAUGCAUUUCAAAAUCAUCUGUAAUUGCACCUGCGAGUUCUCCGUUGAGAGCUGUGAAAUGUUAUUUUUUUUCCAUGUAAUGUCUCCAUUGUUAUGUUUUUCCCCACUUUCAUUAAUCAUAGAGAUAAAGGCCUGCAGCAAAUGCUUCACAUGUUGUAAAAAAAAAAACUCAAGAAUAGAAGUCAUUGACUUGUAGGACAGCCCCCCAGUAAGCAUUGAACACUGUCUGUUAUUUCUAGCGGAGGCUUUGUCGGCCCAAAAUUACAUUUGGUCCAGUUUCUCUGAAGUGUACACAUCAGUUCUCAUCGCAUUGCUGUAUGUACAGAGCAGCUGGAUGUUUGCAGAGAUGAGUGAAGACACUGCAUUUCGUUGUGUACGUGCUGUUCCACUUCUCCAAGGCUUAGUUUCGAAAUCAGGUCAUGAGCAAGUCUUUCCCCCCUCCUCUCCUCUUCUUCCUCAGUCUCCCUUUUCCCUCUCUCUCUCUUUGCCCCCUCAUUUUUCACCCUUUCUGCUCUAACCCACAUCCUUACACUUUCUCCAGUAAUAAAUUCUUGUUUUAUUUUUUUUCAUGCAGCAGGGGGCACAGCCUCAGCACCCCUCUGCAUCCCUCUCCUCCUCUCUGAUUACAUUUCAUUCCUCACCAUCAUUCUCCCUCUAUCUCUCUCUUGCUUUCUCCUCUCUGAUUCUCUCUCAUGCUCAUAUCUGUGAUCAGAUUAUGAGGCAUAUCAUGGGAUUAUUGAGUCUCAUGGCAGGUAUUAAAGUGGGAGAGCUGAGGGAUGGACGGAGAGGGUUGAUGAGUAUUUCAUGGUAAUGUGGCACCCAAUCUCAUAGAGCACAAAGACAAAAUGAUGAUAAAGAGCAUCGAGACCAUCGUUUUGUUCAUCACAGGCUUGUUUGAAUGGCCGAGGGGGUAAAGCAAUAAAGUCAGGAGAUAUCUUCACAGCCCCUGCAAUAAUAGAAGAGAGGAGUCAAUAGAAGGAGAGAACAAAAACUGACUUGUGCAAUGCUUUGAGACAUCCAUCUGUGCUGGAAUAAUUCUGUAGACUCUCAUGUUGAAUUGUUUAAAAUUGUACGCUACAAUAAGUGAUGGGGAGUGGAGUUUUGAGGAAAUAUAUCAGUCAGCUUCUGCUCGAUAGGAUUUCUCCACUAUGACAUCUUCUUCCUGGUACGGAGAAAUCCUUUUUCUGAUUGUGUUAUGUUUUUGAGAUUCAAACCUUAUUUUGGAAACAACAAUAGAGCUGUGUGUUGGCAAGAAUUUGGCUUUACUGUGCAUAUCCUGAUACAGAGGUGAUGGACUCAAUUUAUGAGCUAAGAUUCCUAAACUUUUCAGCCCGAAGUGCUAGAGGCAGGGUCCCCAACGGGCUCUUGAGGUAGUUAGAUGUUGCUCACUGCCCUAAGUGACAUUACGGUGGUUAAAAAAAAAUCAUCGAAGCCAGACAACCACUUUAUCAUUGAAAAUAAAAAGAAAAAACAGUUAAAAAAAGACUAGAAGCAGAGUUUAAGAGUCCAUGUCUAGGCAGUAGAAGUGGAAGGACUUCUCGAUAAGUUAUAAUAGAUUCUAACCACUACUUCUGAGUAAAAUUGUACAACAAUGGCUAAAUUAUGCAAUUACAAAUAAUUACAUUUUUUUAAUUGAAUUUUGUUAAAUUUAAAGCUCUUGUGAGGAACGUCUGACUUGUGUCCACUUGCCACCCCCUGUGACGCCACAGUCUUUGCUUAUCUUGUCCUCUACAUGCAUAAGUGGUAUCUCGUGACGCACAACUCCUCCUGCUGCCUUUUGACAGUCAAGUUUAUCAUUCACCGGGAACAAGGCUGUUUCCUCUGCUCCUCAGCUGACACCUACCCGCCUCACAGGUUUUGGGCAUUUAAAAAAAAUGAGUUUAAAACAAUCUUCGAUCUUUGCCCCAAUAGCCUUGUUUGCUUUUGGAAAUAAUGAAAAUCCAUCAACACAGGUCAAAGUGUUUUGUAGAUGUCAAAAAAGUCCCUACAGGAACUUUAAAAAAAUAAUAAUCUUUUUUUUUGUCUCCAGACCCCCUCAAGAUAAUAAAAUACAGUAAAACAAAAAAGGUCCAGUUCUAAAAGAUGAUGGCAUCGGUGCUCAGUUAAUGAGUAAACAUUAACCCUUCCUCGUCCGUACUGUAAUGGACACACACACACCCAAUAUCAGAGCUAACAGCUGUUUUAGUUCAUGGGACAAAAAACUUUGAGUGUUUGAGAAAGUCAUUGUAAUGAAACUAGUGUUUCAAUAACCUACCUGCUGUGUGUGAGGUGAGCUUCUAUUUUUUUGGUUCAUAUGGGGACCUAAGUUAUUGAUUCAGCACUGUUAAAAAAGUCAAUGUAGUGUCACUUCAUAGAAUAUUGCAAGACUUUUUUAGUGUAUUAGUAGUUUUUUACACCCCCAUGACCCUGUAUAUGUUUUUGCUCAGAAAUAGUUAGUGACUCUUAGCCUGUGGCAGCUGAUGGUAACACCCUGGUGCAGAAUCACUAAUCACAUGAGAGCGAGAGAUUCUGUUCAAUGUGUGAAUUUUAGGUUUCUGUUCAUGAAGCCUUGGUUUAUGUUUGUCAACUUGGAAAGCACGUCUUCAAAUUCUUUAAGACAUUCUGAGUUUUUGCUCGUACUUGCAUCCGGAAACUCAUUUUUCCAAUUACCCUGACACCACAUGAAUGCAGCUUUCUCCUCAUGGGGUUUCCCCCUUUUCAGUUUCCAGCAGUUUUCGUCAGCCCUUUUUUUCCCCCUACAGACAGCUUCACCCACUUCAUUUGUUCUAGUUUCCUCCUAUUUUCCCUGUUCCUCAUUCCUGUCCUCGCUUCUUUGCUUUGUUUGACAUUUUCUUCCAUCUCAAUGAGGUUGUUUCAGCUUGAAUUUCAGUUUCUCAGUCUUCCAGACAGAUGGCAGAUCUUGGGGUCAUGGUGAGGUGUCUGGGUGUGGUUGAUCGCCCACAGGGUGGAUGGUUUUACUCCAGCAGACAUCCCGUCAGAGAAUCCCUGUCUUCUGUCUGCCUCAGCUAACUCACUCUCUUUACUCUCCACCAACUUCUAUCCACACAGUCCUGAGUCCUUGGCCUACCUGCUGUGUAUCAUCAGUGUGUUUGUGCCUGAGUGACUGUGUGCGUGUGUGUGUGUGUGUGUGUGUGUGUGUGUGUGUGUGUGUGUGUGUGUUUGUUUGUUGGGUGACAGAAUGGGGUUUUGUGGAGACACAGCCCCCAGAGUGGGACUGGGAACAGAUUGGUGUCUGAGCCUCCAUGUCCUGACUCAUUAAUCUCCUCUUUAAUUCAUGGUCUCACCGCCGGCUCAACAUACACACACACACACACACACACACACACACACACACACACACACACACACACACACACACACACACACACACACACACACACACAGCCAACACCAAGGUCUAAAAGGAGGCGAAAGAGUGCAUACAGACACAUUGGUGCUGGUACAAACAGCAGCAAGUGUCACCUCUGAGGGGGGACUUAAAUGAUUUUAUUUCCUAAUUCCUUUCGCUUUCUUUUCCACUGUUUGGAAAUGAUUCAUCACUAGUCAAAGCAGUCGUGUCCUCCAACACCAUCCCCUCACUGGCGACAUUGAUCUCAGGCUUAAGUUGGCAGCAGUUUAGCCAAAAGAGUGAUGUCAACAGGAGGGUGCGGGUCACUGUGCUGUGAAGCUGCUCAUCAUUCAGUAAGCUAAUUGGCUUCUAAAAGUCCUGCUCGCUGGGUGAACUCUGAAUCUUUAUUUCAAGGGUAUGCAAUAAAGGGAAUGAAGAGAGGCUGAGAAACCUGAUGACUUUCUUGGAAACUCACCCAGUUGGUGAUAACCUCACUUUAGUGACAGCUGGGUUCUUUUUGUGCUGAGAUAUUCUGCCUGUCCGCUUUAAGAUGACAUUCAUUUAUUGCUCAUAGUGUUGUGGUGAAAUCAUGUUGAUGAACCCAGUGUUUUCUGAUACAGCAGAUCAUUUUCAAGUCAAAAACUCCCCAAAAACCACCAGAAUGAAAAACACUACCUGGAAUAUAUCAUCAUCAGUAACAAGUCCUAUAGUGUUGUUUUAACCGCCAUACUAUACACCCUUAAUAACACUGACAGCAAUCACAGCACACUGGAUACUACGCAAACAUAUAAAUAUAUGAGAGAUCAAAUGGCUUCAGUUUUCAUAUCCGUGCAGCGAUAAAAUAUCCACAACAUAUUAAGGAUGCAACAGUCCACCAUUUACUUUGGAAGGAUCAGUGACGUCUUAGUGCUCCCAGACUUGCACAUCCAUCUGAGCUCUUAAAGAUGAAUAAAGGUGAGAGCAGUUUGAGGGGAAGGAGUGCACUUGCUCUACUGUAAAGAAAGGAAGGAAGGAGGCUCUCCAUUAAUCAUGUAGGACAUAAUGCAGAUGGUGAAAAGAUUGUCUUGGUUAUCAUAUUUUUAUGAUUGAAAUUAAAAAUUCUAUAGAUUAAUAAACCUUCCACCACAAGAACAGUCUACACAUUUCUGCUUUCAAUUCUUACACCAAAGCAUUUCCUCUUAUAUUCAAAACCUAACUGCCAAUAAACCUGAUUCUUAUCUUGUUUUUUAUUAUGUGAUUUUAAAAUAUCCAUAAUCAAAAUAGAUGAAAAAAUACAAUUAUGUAGUCAAAGAGGCUCCAAUUUGUCAUGAAUUGAUAAGCAAACUGAAAAUCUCAGUGAAAUCUCUGUUUAUAAAUGCUUCAAUGAAUAAUGACAAGAUUAGGCUGUAUGUUUGAUACAGUUACUCAAACAACAUAACUACCAAUUAAAAAAGUUUCACUCAGGGUUGUUUUAUCAGUUAAGCAUCCAGUCAGGUGUUUGUUAACAUCUGAGAGUGCAAAAUAGCAGAGACAGCAACAAGCUGCAGUUUGAUGUCGGUCACAGUGCAUUUAACAGGACUAAACAACAGAGCACACAGAUGAUGCUGGCUAACAAAUGCUAGGGUUACAGAGGGAGCUCAAAGUUACAUUAUACACAGAUAAAAACAAAAAGAAGGAAAUAAGGAAAUGAUUAUGAAGUGUAUACUUGGGUAACUCCUGUUACCAGAAUUUUGUGAUAAUUGUAGUUAAAUAAAUUCUCUGAAAGCCCCUGUGACAGGUUUUUAGGUGGCUAUAGAAAGGACUGAGAUUAGGGGCAACAGAAACAAACCAGACCAUUAAUAUGAAUAUCUGCUGUGCUUUGAACUGUUGUUUUGGAUGCCUGAAACUGCUGCUGGGGGUGUAGGUGUUAAACAAUAUCUCUGAACAGCAUCAUACAAAAACAGGUACUUUUUUCCAUUUUCCAUGAGAGUCUUUGUUAGUGAUGAAUUCAGCAGAAAGAUACCGGAUACAGAGGCUUUGACAUUUACUUGUGAUAUGCUAUAAUUUACCUAACCACCUAAUCUGGAAACACUGGAUGAACCACAUAUAGGUCAAAAAUAUUACUCUUUAUUCAAGCAGAGGGGAACACCUACUUCACUGUUAAUUAUUACAACAUCAGCCUCAAAGAGACCAAGUCAAAUUCCAAUUUGUCAGUCAAACUCUGCUCAUCUAUUUGGUUUGAAGUUGCGUUAGUUGACUCAAACUAGUGGAGGAGACACAGCAUAUGCAGGCUGUACUCUUUACAAUCCUGCAUUGACCCUCCAGUGUUCAACAGUCACAUUGAUUUUGCCGGAGCCGAACUGUCUACACAGCUCUUGUCUUUCUGAAAACAAACUCUUUGAUUACAGGCCAGUAAACACUGAACAUUUUCAGGUUAAAGUUCAGUUUCUUUACCACUAGCCAGUUAAAAGCUGAGCAGUCUCAAACCUGACCUUAUCAGCUGAAGAAAUUCCUUGAGCUGGUGCAACUUUAUGGGUAGGAAACAUCAGUUAUAAGACUGGAAACAGAAAGUAGUCAGUGGGGAACGCUUUUAUUUCAUCCGGCAGUUGUUGUCAUGGAAAACUCUGAAUUUGUCUUGAACAGGUAAAACAUGAGAUUAACAUCGGCUUAUGUAGGAGGAAGAUGUGGUUGAGCCAGAAAAGAGAAAUGCGUGGGACAACUAAUCGUGAUCCGGCUCACCAAACAUGUUGUUAAGUGUUCUACGCAAUGGAAUGAAUGUGUAUAAAGAAAGCGCAUUUUAACAUGUACUGAGGUCCUCAUGGUUUACCUUGACUUUGCUCCUAAAAUCUGCUCUUGUCACAUGAAGAAGAAUCCGGUAACCACAGGGGGCAUCCAUCAGCUAAAUACCUGGCUAUUAUGCUCUGACUGUGCUGUGAGUUUCUCUACACGGUGCUUUGCCCUACAGUAAUUCCUACCUAUCAAGGUCACUUUUGAUUUUUGGCUGUAAGCCCUGACUGCCUCGCUCCUAAAAAAAGCCUCAGCCAUUGUUGUGAGGGUAAAAGUGGGUGGAGGUCUUUGGGAGGAGCAGGAAGUGAUAAAACUCGAGGAGAUGAUGAGGACAUUGAUAAGAAGGGAGGAACAGACGCUCAUAUUGUUUGUGUUCUUUUUUUUUACUGGAAACAAAUUUUAUGCUUUAGAGAUCAAAACAGACGUCAAGAAGCUACAAGCCUCUGAAAUGAUGAAACACCAGUGGUGAUAAUGAAUACAGCUAUUGUGAUCAUAUGAUGAUGGUGUGUAAAUACUCAUCAGGGUUGUCAUUGAAAUCACUGUACUUUAUUUUUUUACUGAAUCAAACUAACUCAGUUCAAGAUUAUGAUGAGCACAGCAUGAUUAAGGGACUUAGAGACUUAUCGUCCACAACAACAGCAAUAAAAACACAACUUUCUUUUUCUGUGUGAAGCUCAGGUGAAUGGGUAACACUGGUGUUGCUGAUCUUACUGGGAAGGCAACAUAUUUUUGCACAUUGAAGGUCUAAAACUAUGGUUUUUUGUGCCUGACUAUGGAGCCUUCAUUCUGGACUGUGUAAAAGUACAGUUUGGAGCAAUUUCCAUCAUAAAGGCAGGUAUUUAACAGAUUAUGCAUGAUAUCAAUCUGAUUUCACUUUGCUCAACAUUCACUUGCCUAUUAGUGCAUAGGUCAUCACUGUGAUUGGUUGGUGGAUAGCUAGGCCACUCUUGAACUAUGAAAUGGAUAACUGCCUUUUCUAUGUAAAUUCUCUGAAAAAAAUUAGACUGUAGUAAUUGGAGAGGGUUUUUGUUAUUGUGCUAGUCUUACUGCACACUGAUCAUUUGAAAAUUUUAGCCAAUAUACACACAAGUAUCACUGGUCAUGGGUUGGCUCCAAGAAAGCCCUUGAAAUAUGUAAUUUAUCAAAACAAACAUGAUGCACCUGUUUACAUGGCAGUUUAGUUUGGAUACAAUACAAUACAAUAUAAUUGAUUUGAUGUGAUAUUUUCCAGUACUUUACAUUAUGAUGUGAGUCAGCAGAAAUACUGUACUAACUGAUGUAUCACAAAACAAUCUUGUGAAGGAAUAUAAGUGGUACUGCAGGAUACAUGCAUGUAAGAAAACAUUUUCCACUCAUUUUGAAGAAAAUAGGCAGUGGGGAUAACAAAUCACUCUCUAGUCCCUGAACUCUACCCUCUGGGGGUGGAUAAAACUCUCUUUGCAGAUUUGACUGCAUUCCCUACCUCUCCUGUCCACCAAGCAUUAAAAACUGAAAGAGCUUUUUCAUUCUUUCUUUCAAUUUUUUUCUUUUUAUUUCCUUCUUUCUUUCUUUUUCUUCCUUUUUUCUUUUAUUUUCUUUCACUUUCUUUCUUUCUUUCUUUCUUUCCUUUUUAAUUUUUCUUUCUAUUUCUUUAUUUCUUCAUUAUUUUUCUUUCUUUCUUUCUUUCUUUCUUUGUUUUUCUUUAUUUUCUUUCUUUCCUUUUCCUUCUUUCUUUCUUUUUCUUUCUUUUUCUUUGUUUCUUCCUUCCUUCCUUUCUUUCCUUUUUUAUUUUUCUUUCUUUCUAUUUCUUUCUUUAUUUUUCAUUUUCUUUUUUUUCUUUCUUUCUUUCUUUUUCUUUCCUUUCUUUUUUGUAUUUUUCUUUCUUUCUUUCUUUUUCUUUCUUUAUUCCUUUCUUUCUUUCUUUCUUUCUUUCUUUCUUUCUUUCUUUCUUUCUUUCUUCCUUUUCUUUGUUUUUCUUUCUUUGUUUCUUUUUUCUUUCUUUCUUUCUUUCUUUCUUUCUUUCUUGUCCUUCAUUUUGAUUUGGAAGCAGCGAGCUUGUUUUGACUGCUGUCUGACAUCCUAGAGUCUUCUGGGUGACUGUUGCAGACGUUCUGCUCUGGACCUGUCUGCUUUCCGGCUGCUUCAACUACAUGCAUCAGUCUCACCUUUGUCCAUCUUUUUUUUUUCUCUAUCCCCUCUCUAAACCCAGAGCAGUAGCAGCAGAUGAGUCUGGUUCUGCUCAUGCUUUCUGCAUGUCAAAAGAUUGAUUGUUUGAUUGAUUGAUUGAAGGAUUGAGUAUAUUAUUCCUGUUAAUCUUCUUCUUCUGCUAGUAUCUGGUGUUUACGUUGCCCUCAUUCAUGUCAUUAGUGUGACCACGAGGAGUCAUAAAGUCGUGUCGUGGUGAGCCAAACUGGCAGGGAAACCUCUUUAUCUCUUAAGUGUUACAUUUUUUUCAGUUAAAAGACAGUUAGAUGUCAGGAUGACGAUUUAUUGCCUUAUCAAUAUUUUGUCCCUCCUCUUGUCAGCAUUUUAAAUAUCAGAGCAUCUGUAGUCAUAAAGUUCUUGGUAUUAAAGUUUGAUAAUGUAAUUUGUUUACCCUCUCAGUCUAAACUUUAAUGUUUUGUGUCACUGUGGCCUCAGGUGGUUUAUCUGAAACUCGGGGUUAUCAUCUGUUUCUCUGAUCUUGUCGAGUCACUUUGAGCUUCUGACCCUGUCACUGACAGUCUGUCACAUUGUAAGGCAGAGGUCACUCACUGAUCUACAAACUUCACACUCACUCUCUCCUUGAAUGACAUCAUCUUGUUUUACCAGCAGGAAUAUCAUGUCAGCCUGUCUCUGUUCAAAGUAUUUCACCAGUCACAUGGAUGCAACAGCUCAUUUACUGAAUAAACAAAAACACAUGAUGUGUGGUUUUCUUUCCUCCAUGUCCCCAGGACACUGUGUGCGUGUGUACAUGCAUACAAAAGGACAUGACCAGUCUGUGUGUACACACAGAAAGUGUUGCAACUUGCCGGAAGUGUUGUUUAACUCCUCCCAGGACAGAUGACUUUUUUCAGGGUAUUAAGAGCUUGUGACUCAUGAAGCAUCAGGCUUUGGGUCAGGGGCUUCUUUCAGCUCUCAGUCUGAGUAUCCUCUGUUCCUGUUUUCUAGUUUUGUUUUUUUUUCCAUAAGGGCGUCUCCUUUUGCUAUUUUGUGAAUGAGUGUAAGAAAAGCUUUCACACCUAGGAGGUAAACAAAGGUGGUUGAUUUUGAGGAAUUACUCCAUUGUUUAGGGUUCAAGGACUGUCUUUUAAAAGGUGUAGGCUGCUGCUAUUUGUUUGCUAAGAGAUUUUGUUGUAAAGAGAAACAGAGAACAAGAACUCUCACUGUCCUCACAUUCCUUUUUGACUGUUCAUUGACUGGCUACAGGUGUGGAUGAGGACUUUAUAAUGACUCAGCAGACUCCACUCACUCAUCCUAUUCACCCAAACAGACACGGAUAGCUCUUCAUAACACAGGCACAUGGAUUUGGACACUUAAUUGCAGAUCCUUCUUGUCAGCUGAAUUUUAAAAGCCAGGAAGUGAAAGCAAAGUCAGAUGUUUUUGAAGAGCCUAACACGUUGCCUUUUCCACAUCUCUGUGUCGUCACAGAAAUAUUUCACCAAGUUGAUUUAUUUAUUUGUUUAUCUCUAUCAGAUUCCAGGCUGCCCACAGAGUAUGAGCCACUCAGUUCCAGUAACUUUCCACAUCACCUCUUGAGCUAAUUUGCCCCCUCUCUCUGGAUCAGCCUGGUUUAAAGCUGGUUGAUGUGGGAAUUGAUAUUCAAAGUGUGUGUUGCACUCAAACGGGAAGCAUCUCUUAUGUGUGGGACCGCUGUGUGUGUCCAAGAGAAAGAUUUGCCGGCUUUCUGUCAUAAGAACUUUCCAGUGAAGGACAAGGGGAAUCCAGAAGGUUCCUCUUUUUUGCUUGUGAAUGGGACCUACGGCUUCCUUUCUUGCGUCAGCACAGUUUCGUCACGGCCAACAUCCGGCCGCUGUUUGUGGCCACUGUGGCCUGAACAUCAUGUGCUCUGUGAUGCUAGAAAGCUUCUCUUGUCUGUUGAAAGGGAACUGUCUGGAUCAGAUGUUACAAAAAGAGAAAGGGACAGUCGUAGGGCUGCACGAUUAAUCGAUUUUAAAUCAGAUUAUUUGAUUAUGACGAUGUUAAAAAAAUGAAAAUCGUUCAAUCAAUUUUCCUCUCUAUUAUGUCUCGCAUCUCCAGGCUGCCAGAGGCUCCCCUUUCCUGUAGGAAUGCUCUCCAGUUCCCACACAUACCAGUAUAAAUAAACAUGGCGUUUGCAAAAGAAGGUGAUAAUUUCGUGGCUAAAUAGGGCAAGAGCAAGUCAGUCGUGUGGAACUGGUACGACUUCCCAGUUUCGGACAAAGAGCAAACCACUCCCCACUGUGAAGUCUGUCUGAAGGCGGUAUCAACCCGUCCACACAGAAACGAAUUCAAGAGUAAACGCAAAAGUUUUUUGUCAUAUCGGCGUUUCAUCAACACUGAAACUGUGUUUUGGGUGACUGUAAACAGUACUUUUUGAAAACUAGUCAGAGAGUGCGUAAAUCUGAUAACGACUACCAUUUCAUCUCCGUGUGGAUGUCUAUCUACAUCCCUCUUGAAAUGAUUACGUGACACACAGUGUAACUCUUUUAUGGCGCCUGUGAGUAUCCGGCCAAAACAACCUCUAUACGCAUGCUUGGUAUGCUUCUUCUGUCUUUUGUGCAUUUCCUGUGCAGCGUUACGGUGCCACGUACUGGCUUGGCAUAUGCACUACAUCGUCUUGAGUGGUUUCAUUUUGAGAGAUGAUAGGAACACUUUUUAAGCGAAGUUGGAUGAAGUUCAUGCAGCCCUAGCCAGUCAGCCUAUAAAAAAAUUGUUCUAAUACUGAAUGAUAGUUCAUGUAAAGCAUGGGGUUGACCCAAAGACAAAGACACUAAGAGUUAGUUUUGUUCCUUUGGUCCCAACAUGUGUUGUUUAUUCAAGAAAACAUGCGACGACUCUGCCAUUUGAAACUGCAUUGGCGUCCUACUGUUCAGGGGGUGGUUGUGGAAGCUGUGCAAACUGUUAAUACCUGUAGUGCAAUCACUACAAUGAUGGAGGUCGUGCAUAACCUUCUGAGAGUCAACUCGAAUCACGAUGACUGAAGAGUAAGAACUACUUUUCUAAAAGAGCUUCCAGGCGUUGCAAAGAUCCUGCAGAGCAGCCUCUGUAGUGCCUUUGUUGAGAUGUGGACUUUGCGAAUCACAGAUGUAAAUUCCCUCGGUAGAAAUGCAGUCUGCAUUUGAUUGACAAGAGGUCCCGAUUCAGUGAGCAGGAGCAGGAUAGCAUUUUAAUAUUCCCUCUGCAACACCAAUUAGUAUUCACCAUAAAGAUUAUGCUUCUGUCGUUUUCUUGUCUUGCCAGAAUCUUCUGAAUUUGAGAGAAGGGCUGUAAAGAUGAUUAAUUAAUUAUCUCCUGUUUUUAAGUGAUAGUUUGGGGCAUUGUUGCCUUUGUAAGGUAGGACAGCUGAAGACAGACAUGAAAUAUGGAGAGUAAAGAGUGGGGAUAGACAUGCAGCAGAGAGUUGUGACGAGAUAUCCAGACAGAAACCACUGUAGCCCCAACACAUGUGGCACUCAGACCACGAGGCCUUCAGGGCCCCAAUAGCUUCCUAUUUCAAAAAUCAGUUUAUUGUUUGGAUAAUGUCAGCGUCAGUCCUUGACGGUUGUUUGAGUAAUUAAAAAAAAAAAAAGAUCAAAUUUGUCCUUGCUUCAGUUUUAAUAUGUUUUAAUAUGUUUGGAUUUGUAGCUUUUUCUCACCUUUGAUGCAUUUUAUGACCAUGACUUUCAGCUGAGGAGUAUAGUAACUAUUUUCACAACUUCUCAGUAUUUAAUAAAACAAACUCUUUAUCAAUAAAUUCUAUAAAUAUUGGUGAUUGUUUUGCUAAGGGAGUAACUGUACAGGUUUAAUUGAAUGCAUUUUUCAAGAUGUCGGGCCCUUGAGAAACAAGGAAACACCUAAAUUGGCUGUUGCAGCAAAUUGAAAGUGAAGUGCACUAAAUGUUGCUGUUUUCACCCAGGGCUAUUUUGUCUUCUAAAAGAAGAAGAAAAGCCUCUUUUUCUUUGUAUUUAUUGAGGACCACUAAGUAUGACGGACUAGAGUAUGCAUAAUGUAUGAAUGCGGCUGGGGUGGGAAAUGCUAACUCUGCCUCUGAUUGACCAAUCAGCUCAUCGUGUAUAAACUUUAACUGGCCACAGGCUGCCAGACCUGAAAAGCUCUUUUUCAAAGUGCUCCAUAAUUAUUGAAUUUCAAUCUAUCUCUGCCCCAUUUUAGCUAAUAGGAAAAGGAUAUGAGGAUCGAUGUCUGGUGUGUGUGUGUGUGUGUGUGUGUGUGUGUGUGUGUGUGUGUGUGUGCGUGUGCGUGUGCGUGUGCGUGCGCGUGUGUCUGUGUCUGUGUGUGUGCGGGCGUAUUUGUCUGUGAGACUGUGUGUCGUGGUCAGAGGCUUUCACAAUCAGGGGAUUUGAGUGUUGCAGCUUGUUAUGGUGCAACACCAGAGCAACCGACAAGUCAGAGCUGAUGAAUAGGAAGCUGCUGCUAAUGAUCGUUAAAACGCUCCUUUCUCCACAUGUAGCAUCAGGUCAUUUAUCAGACACAGGAUGGACCUACAGUUCCAGACACACUCUGACACAUCACACACGCUAAUCAGGUGCUUUCUGGUAGCCGUGGCAACUGACUGCAGACUCUCCUUCCCUGUGCACCUUCACCAAUGUCUCCCAGUCUCCUUACAUCUACCCUUCUGCUUUCAUGAACUAAUCCUUCCCUCAUCCUUUUUUUCACCCCAACUAACAAAGAUGAGAAAGUUAAAGACAGAAAAGCAUGAAAAGAAGCCAAAAAGGAGGCCUGAAAGCACUCCACAGGCUGCUGCCGAGCACCUGAUUUCCUCUGGGACAAAGCAGAGAUAAAGAAAUAAAGGCGUGACCGUGUGAAAAGGAAAGAGAGAGGAUAGAUAAAGACUAGGUUUACCUGCCAGGUGGGAGCAGGGGAGAUAGAGCAUAUCAAACCAGCAGUGCUGCAUUGACAUGUGCAGAGUGAGCUGACUGGUAAUGCUGGUAAGAAAGAGAAAAGGAGCCCCCGGGCAUGAAGUCAAGCUCUGUACAGCAUUGUGGUGGUAUUUGGAUUAAUUUAAAACUCUAAUUCAUUUAGUUUAUUGGUGGAGUUGUGAUUAAAAUAAGUGACAUCUAGUAUACUGCAGCUGUUCUAGUGCUGGACGAUAAUUCGAUAACAAUAUAUAUCGAUCGAUAGACGUGUGGUGCGAUAGAAAAAAAACGGGUCGAUAAAAAGUUCGAUAGAAAAACACAGUUUCCCUUUCUUUUUCAUCAUAGCCUAUCAUGUAGCUUUUACUACAGUCAUUACUUCCUCCAAACCAAUCACAAACGCAGACCCAGGUACGCUACGGCACCAAGCCCAGCCCCUCUCAAACCACAACAGACAGCACGUGUAUUAGAAAAAAUGAUACACCAAGGAGAAGCGGAGGACAUUGUCCGGAAAAAAGGUUUCAGUAGUUCACCAGCAUGGCAAUGUUUUGGUUUUUAGAAGUCUGACAAAAAGCGAACAGCGGUCGUUUGCAAAAUUUGCAGAGAAUUAGUAAAAACCAAGUCUGGUAACACAACCAACUUGUUUUACCAUCUAAACCGAUCGCACCCGCAGGAGUACGAGCUGUGUCGGCCGCGCCGCGGCUCCACGUUAUCGUCGGAGGAAUCCUCUGGAACCGCUGCCAGCACCAGCACAAAGCAAGUGAAGCCGACCAAACUGGACUUCGUUUCUUGCCAAAAAUACGACAAAGCGUCCGAGCGGCAUAAGGACAUCACCCAUGCAGUAACAUGCCCCAUAGCGAGGGACAUACUGCCAAUAACUACCGCUGAAAAGCCUGGCUUCGACCAGCUUCUAGCCACUCUCGACCCGCGAUAUGAAGUGCCCGGCCGCAAGUAUUUCUCAAACACAGCGCUUCAGGCAUGAAAAUGGGUCAGGGGUUGAAAAGGUGAGAAGGGUGCGGAGGAAAUACGUUCAAAUGAGCUCAUAUUUUACAAAGACGCGAGUAUUUGGAUCAUGGCUACUAGCAGGGGGUGCAUUCGGCAGGGGUGCAUUCUACGACACAACACCGGCGUGGAUAAGUCCUGCUUCUCGUGCUUAGUUUGUGUAUUAAGUCAAUCACAUGAUAAUUAAAAAAAAUAAAUCUCCCGACCCCGGGAGAAAUAUUAAAGUGUUCAGACACCAGGCUGUGGGCAGUUUCCCACGCAGUUAAAACUGGUAGUAUGCUAUUCCCACCUAAAGCUAUUCUGUUUAUUUAUAUAUUUGUUUGUUUUGUUUAUUUUCAUCAAAAGACUAUUUAAAUAUUUAUUUAUCAGAUUUUCUGGUCACUUUAGUCUUUAUGUUUGUCAGUAUUUACUGACGUCACUCAGGCCACUUAAGUUGAUUAUUUUUUUUUUUAGUUCUUUUUUAAAAACUUUCAGUUGUGGUAAAAUAAAAAAGGUGGUUGAAUAAAGGUUUGAAUUUGAAUUCAGUGCUUGUGUGUUCUUUAUUAAAAGUAGGUCAUUAAGCAAUAGCAUAAAACAUCCAGGGCUGCAAUUAAAAUAUAUGUUAAAUAAUUAUAAUAAUUAUAUCGAUAAUUAUUGAUAUCGAUCAAUAUGAUUUAUUUUUUAUCGAUAUGCUUUUUUUCUAUAUCGUCCAGGCCUAAGCUGUUCUGAGGGAAAAUAUGGAGCACUGGAGAUACAGCUGCAGAUUCUGUUGUUAAAGUGACGAAUGUUUAUAUUUUCAUUCAAAUGAUGUCCUAAAAUGUGAGCACAGUUUAUCCUGAUGAAAUUUAUGACCCCUGUUUCAUCACUGGAAAGGUUAGUUGCAGCAUUUGACGUAUUUCCUCAUUAAUUGACGAGGCCUUUAAAAUACGCUGAGUCAACAUCAUUAAGGUAAGACACCCUCUCAGGCUUCUUCAGCACUGUGUGGCCUCUUUCUCUGUCCUGGUUUAAUUUUCUACGGCUUGAGAUACGCUGCAUUGAUUGUGUUGUAAUCUGCAGCUGCAAAUUUUUCCUCAGCAGAAAGGAGAGCGUUGAUCAUCUUGUUGGUAGAAAAUAAUGUGAUAUGUAAUGAAUGUAAACAAAUGAACAGAAAUGUUUUAAGGGUUCUGUAUCAACUGCUACAAAACUGGCUUUGGGGUCCUGCUCACCCUGUCAGGAACUGUUCAGUUCACAGUGUAUUGUCUUGCUGCUAACAAAAGACAUUUACAAGCCAACACAAAAUAGUGAUUGAAAGAUGCUUUUACAGAUUCGGAAAGUGAUGUGUUGAUAUGGCUGAAAAGAAAUUGAUAGAUGAUGCCUCUCUGGUGAGGUAUUCUUAUCAGCAUCUUGCAGUACUUAUGACAAUAAAACUUGGAUAUAUAAAUCCAGGGUCAAGCUAAAACAUGAGCUUGACUAGGUGUUCUGGAUUUCUGCACUAAUAGUGUUGACAUUUCUGUCCUCAUUCAGCUUUCCUUCUCUGGGAUUUGCAGUUGACACAUCUUAAGAUAAUCUCACUACUCAUUUAGGUCCACUCCUCAGCUCUGCUGCUGUUGCCUGGAUUGCAGGACAGGAUCUUGCUCCACUUCUCCCUAUCAUAGAUGGUUAGGGCUCAGCAGAUCAUCAGGCUGCUAACAUCUGUGCCUGGGACCUGGCAUUAUUUCUGGACCCUGAAGACCAGCCUUUAACAGCCACUGUGUCAGUGCCAACAGAAAAUACUGUUUUUGCCACAGUGUCAGUGUAGAGAGGUGGUAUUGUAAGGUUGUAAAGGUUGCAUAUUUUUCGUAAGGAUUGGGGUUGUGCAGCAGUUUUUACUAUUGCAAAGUGGUGCUGUAUUUCUCUCUUGUUUUUCGCUGCUACUGUAUGUCAUCGUACGAUUGGUGCUCUGCUGUUGUCAUGUGCUUGUACUGUGAUGUUGUUGCCUUGUGGUUGUUGUGUGUUACCAUGUGUUGUUCUGUGACGUGGUCUUGUCUUAUAUGGUGAUACAGUCUGCCUGCACUUCUGUCCUGAAUGAAUUCCCCUCUGGGACAAUAAAGUAUAUCUUAUCUUAUCUUAUAUCUGUGUUAGCAGUGUUAGUUGGGAGUCAUUUAAACACAGUGCUGGAGUAUGCGGGUAAUGUCAUCUAAGGUCUGAGGUGUGGCACCAUCCAAAUGUUGUCUUUGAUUUUCCAAGGGCAUAUUAGGAUUUAUGUCUGACUCAGAUUUACCCUAAAAUAGGACUCACUGGGUUUGUGUAGAGAACCACCGACAGGUUUAGGAUCUCACAGACAACACAUGACAAGACUGUUUGGUUGUAUCUUCUCAUGGCUUAUUGACAAGAACAAAUCCGUACAGCUUUACCAGAAUUAUCCUUUCAAUUAUUUUGCAUUCACCCUGUAAUCUGAGCUGGCUCUUCACAUUAUUAAAUAUCACCAUCUGUUGCAGUAAAACCUGUCAAUGCUUCCCUUCCACUUAGCAGGAGACUUUUACAGAACAAGAACAUAUUCUGAAGAAGUCUUUCACAGAGUCAUUAUAGACGUUCACUGUUCGGUUUGGGUCUACUUGAGCAAAUGUAAUCUCUAACCCCUUUAAUUAAAACUUAAGCUUAUUACAUAUCAUUGAGGCUGCUUUACAACUCUCUGUAGAACGCUAAUAUGCAACAGAAAAGAGAGUCUGAAAGCAUCUUUGUCUAUUUUUAGGCUGCUACACCUACCUACCACACCUGUGAGUGAGGAAAUAAAUACUGAUGAACUGCAAACAAACACUGAAAAAGGCUGAUAUUGAACAUUUCACUGAGCCUUUCCAUCUGAAGCUUUAGCCUCACUAUCAAUAAACAAAAUAAUGUAAGGUACUGACAAUCACAGGAUAAAAACCUAAAAACAUGUCACGACUUGUCCCUUUAAUAGGUGUCAUUCACCUUUAUCAUGUGUUGUCAUUCAGUCUCUACACCCACAUUCCUCACAUUGUUCUGUCAGGGUUCACAGGGAGGGAUCGGCAGCGCUCAGGCUGCCUCCUAAAAGUGAUUAAAAGCUACUGUAAAACAUUGACUCAUUCUACACUACAGUGUAAUCAAACUACGUCAUUAUUUACUUUAGAGCCAUUUAUCCAUCCCUCGUGGCUAAUUCCAACUGCUUUACUUUAAUUCAGCUCACUCAUCAGGAUGCUGAGGAGCAACUUCACGUGCCUCAGCCCAACCCUCUGUUAUCAUCUGUUUAGGCUGCUUCAUUUGAACCCUGUGUAUGCAUCCAUUUUAAGGCCUAAGGAUAAAUCAAAUCAAAUGGUAGAUAAGAAACAGAUGAAACAGUAAAAGAAACCUUCAAGGAGGAUGCUGUUGUCCACAGAUGGUACACAGACAAAAACAACAAUCGCAGAAUACUUAAAGGGAUAUUCCGACGUAAAUUUAAGUUAUGGUCAAAAACACCGGAACACCGAGUUAGACACCCCCUCGAGAGAUGAAUUUUGCCGACUGCUGGCUUUUCUAGUUAUACCAACUUCAGCAACGACCGUACGAUAGCAAUACACAGCGGUCUACGUCCCCAUGCGCAAACCUUAACCAAAAAGCCACUCUAUAACCACAAAUAAUGCUCAGAACAGCACCUAACUUCAUUAACAGUACAGGAUCCCAGCCAUAGUACUAGCCAUCAAACAUCUUUUGAGCUUUGCCUGAUUUCUUUAGCAAAAAGACCAAACACAACCAACUCACUCUCCUCGAGCAGUUGCUUGUUUGUGGGGAAGCCCUGACGAAUCGAUCACCGAGUGCAGCGGAUCAUUUUCUUGAAGUAAUAAUCAUCAUAUCAAUCAUUUUGCCCUGCAGACGCGGUAGUUCUUCUGCCUUAGCGCCUCGGUCUGAUUGCAUUUCCAUGAAGUAAUAAUCAUGAAUUUCCUUCCUUGAGCUGUGAAACUUCGCUGCACUCCGUGAUCGAUCGUCAGGACUCCCCCACACACAAGCGGCUGCUGGAGGAGAGUGGGUUUGGUUGUGUUUAGUCUCUUUGCUGAAGAAAUCAGGCAAAGCUAAAAAGAUGUUUGAUAGCUACAACUAUGGCUGGGACCCUAUAUGUACUGUUGAUGAAGUUAGGUGCUGUUCUGAGCAUUAUUUGUGGCUAUAGAGUGGCUUCAUGGUUGAGAUCUGCGCCUGGAGACGUAGACUGCUGUGUAUUGCUAUUGUGCAGUCAUUAUUAAAGUUGAUAUAACUAGAGAAGCAAGCAGUCGGCAAAAUUCAUCUCUCGAGGGGGUUAUCUAACCUGGUGUUCCGGUGUUUUUGACCAUAACUUAAAUUUACAUUGAAUAUCCCUUUAAAGAAAUGCAGGCUUUGCUAUCAUGAAGGCCAGUUUCUCUUCACUGGAAAUGUUCCUGUGCUGUUUAAGUCCCUCCAGGAAGUCAAGGUGAGGUUGAAGGCAAAUAUUUGCUCUUCCUUGGCAGUUUCCUUUUGCAGUAAUGAAAGUCCCCUCUAUCCUCAGGUUCAUUAACAAGGCCUUGGCACAGUCCGUGAUAGGGUUAGUAUGUAAGGCCACAGUGUUCCGGUGUGUAAGAGAUGAGGAAUGAUGAGAGGUGAAGGAGAAGCUCUGGCCCUGAGUGGCAGCUUCUGUGUAGAGCUCAGUCACAUAUUUACACAUUCCUACUUGUUGACUACGGCUAUUGAUUACACAAGAGUAAAGGCUCCUAUAGUAUGUGUGAGUUUGUCGAGGAAUGUCUCCCUAGAAGUGUGUCUAUGUUUACUUUAAACCAUAACAAGAAUGAGAGAAGCGACUAUGACACAAAAUCCCCAACCAGAUCCAAAUAGGAGCGUGUUCUGUAAUAAAUAACCAAACAAUUCCAGCUUUCUGUCAUAUGUUCAAGCUUUUGACUGACUUCAGUGUCUGUAAUGAACCUUUGACUUCAAACUGUGCUGCCUCUGGUGUCCAGUAAAUGUGAGUAUGUGCAUUUGUAAACAGGAUUUUAGGAGCUGUAAGAUUCUGUUCUUGGUUUUAGUAUGUGCGCAUGUUAACUACAGGAAUGAUGUCAUCACUGCACCUCCCCUUAUCUCCCGUCAGUAGUUCACACCCUGCAAAUUCUUGGAAACGCUCAUCGCAGCCGUGUUUGUAACCUCAGAACCUUUGCUCAUUGCAUCAGAUGUGACAAUGCACAAAACAAAGGACCCCCCCCACCCCCACAGUUCCUACAUUUGGAUUCUGUGUAAUUUGUGACUGUGUGCAAGGGCAUCCUGUAACUACUGUGUAAGUUUCACUCUUAACCUGUUUCCUGAGAUCUCAGGACUGGUCAGGGUCUGUUUCAUUGUUCUUGCUUUAGUUAAGACUCACACUCGUCCAUGGCUGAUGAUGUCACCGCAUCAGGCUGCAGGAGGGCCGGGGUGUGAAAAUACCAGAAUCUGAAUUUGAGAUAUCAAACUAAGAUUAUGAUGACUUCAAACUUCAGUAAUGAUGAAAGAAUGAUACUCCAGUUUUGUUUUUGUUUUUUUUACCUCUUUCUCUCUUACUCCCCUCUGACUCUUUGGUAUCACUUUGUCUUCUCCUGAAAGCUAAUCGUCUGAAACUUAAAACUGUAAACCUUUAUUCAUGGGAACUCUUGAAUAUCCAAUAACAGUUCCUCAAUUCUGGCUUUGUCCUACAUACCCUUGUUUUAUUGAAAGUCUCCUCUCCUUCAUCCCCCCCUUUAGCCCAGCCUCAGAGCCUCAAGGAGCUUUAGGACAUGCUGUUUCAUUUCCCUAUUGAUCCAAUCGAUAUCACAUCUCAUUAAUUUGCAAGGAUUCCCAUCAGGAGGGUUGAAUCACACUCUCUGUUGGAUGUUGGAUUAUCCCCCAAGGACUGUCUUCACUCACGUUACUGCCUUUAUUUUGAGCCAUCUCUUUGAACAAUGAGUCUUUCCAUUACAUUAAAACACCAAUAAAAGGAAAUUUACCCUCACUUUUGAAUUAGGAGAGAUGGACAGUUUUGAGUCAGUUUGAAAGUCCUCUUUUUAAUACAAAGACUUAGUCAGUCCUCUGUAAUGAAUGUUUGAAGUUCAUAUAACACUCUUUCAUUAUGAAGGUUUGCACUGAGGGCAGCAGCAGUCAGUAGGCUACAUAAUGAUCUCACAUUACUUGAUGUGAACGGCUGAACUGUUAAAAAGUUCCUUUAGCUGACAUGAAACAUUUACUGGAGAUUGAGUGAUCAAUUCUAUGGAAUCUAGUGCAUUUGUAACCAUUUUACACUUGUUUUUAGUGACUGUAUGAAGAGGAAAGGAGGAAUGUACUUGUUCAGUCUCACAAGUUAGCUCCGGAUUUAUUUGUCUGCUUCAUGGCAGCAGUACAGCCACCCCAGACUACCUGGACCUGUAGCUCAUGUAAACAGUUCCUGCUGUAAACAAGCACAGAUGAUAUUUUGUUGGAGCGUAAGAGAUAAGAAAUAGACACAAGGUUUUCUGUUCGUCCAAAAUAUUCAGUGACUAUUUCUAAGGAUCUCUGCGGCUGUAACUAAAAACAGUUUUAAUUAAGAGUUAAGAUUUUCAAUGUAACUCUUUCAACUCUUGGAAUUGUACACCAUUUUUCACAGUUUUUCACUGACAAAAUGUAUUAGUAGUAGUAUUAGUAUUGUUGUGUGAGGCCUCGUCACAGAAAGCUAUAUAAGUAACUAGAGAAAAAAUCUAGUCGGACGAAAAGUGUUUCGAGUGUAGUAUAGGGCUGCACAAUUAAUCAAUUUUAAAUGGUAAUCAGAUUAUUUGAUACUGUUAAAAUAAUUAAAAUCAUGGAAUCAGUUUUCCUCUCUAUCAUGUCUCCAAGCCGCCGUAGGCUCCCCGUUCCUGCAGGAACGCUCCCCAGUUCCCACACACACCAGUGUAAACAAACAUGGCGUUUGCAAAAAAAAAGCGAUAAUUUUGUGGCAAAAUAGGGCAAGAGUAAAUCAGGCGAGUGGAACUGGUACGGCUUUGCAGUUUCAGAUGAAGAGCAAAACACUCCUUGCUGCAAAGUCUGUCUGAAGGCAGUUUUAACCCGUCCACAUGGAAAAGAAUUCAGGAGAAAAGGCAAAGGAUUGUUGUCGUAUCGGCGUUUCAUCCACACAGAAAUGGCGUUUUCGGUGACUGUAAACCGUAAACAUAAACGACUGCCAUUUCAUCUCCGUGUGGAUGCCUAUCUGCAUCUCUUGAAACAGUUAUGACAUAUGACACAUGGCGUAACUCUUUUAUGGUGGCUACGCUUGUCCAUCCAAAACAACCUUCUCACACAUGCCUUGUACUGUUCCUCUGUCUUUUGUGCGCGUCCUGUGCAGGGUUACAGCGCCACUUACUGGCUUGGCAUAUGCACUACGUCAUUUUAAGUGGUUUCAUUUUAAGAGAUGAUAGAAAAACUUUUUUUUAAGUGAAGUUUGGUGAAGUUGUCACUCAAUAAAAAAUUGAAAUCAAAAAUUGAGUUUUCAGAGAAAAAAAUAAGGAUUUUGUUUUUGUCCAAAAUCGUGCAGCCCUCGUAUAGUCGUGUGAACAUUUUUGUUUAUGCUGUGAAGAUGGGCUCUUUAACGUGGGUGAAUGUGGCUCGUGUUGCUUUUUGAGUCUGCCUCAAGUGGAUGCUCAGAGAACUGCAGUUUGUGGCACUUCUACCUUGGCAUCUUUCUUACUGAUACAGACAACUGUAUCAGUAAGUUAAAGGUGAGUCUGUGAAUUCUGUUGAGUUGGUAUUGAUAUGUAAAUCUAAACACUCAAAAUCACCUCAGCUGGAAUCUACAUGACUUUCUAUUUGACUCAUUCUUUCAGAUCUGUCUUAAAUCUAUUCGGCGUAUACAUGCCAUGUGUGGUUUUGACUUUACCAUGUGUUGGUUAAAAAAAUCAUUUUGAAACCAGUAGUGUAUUAUACAAACGGAUUUACUGAAGUUAUCUCUUUUCGCAGCAGCAGCAGCAGCAGCAGCAGCAGCAUCCCCACCCCUUGCAUUCUUCCCUUUUUUAACUUCUUUGUCCCUUCAUCCUCUCCUUCCUGUGUCCUUUAUCAGCAGAUUCCAGUAAAAUCCCCCCUCCUCUUGCAUCCUUUCUGGCAAUGAGUCAUUUUCAUAUACGGACAGAUAAAGUUUCAGUCAUAAUUUUCCCGGACAUUGGGCACCUGUAGUUUUAAUGUGUGUACAAAAUGAUGACCAUUAUCGGCAGGGGCUCAAAUGUGGGGUUUAAGCACUGUCCAACUGUUCUGCCGCAGAUUUUGUGUUCAUAAUUUGAGCCUCACCGGUGCCUCCCUGUGGCCUGAGAUAAAAACUGCGUUCUCUGCAGCUCAUUUCCAGGAAAUGAUUUUAGUGGGCGGCUAUGUAGGCUUGGCAAUCUGAGGACAACGGUGGGAAAGAAUGUCAGCAACAACAGUGGUUCUGCAGAAAUCUGCAGAACUGAUGAGAUGCCGUAAAAGGGAGGAUGGUGGGGGGGUGGGUGGUUGUAGGAAAGUUUUAAAGCAACAGUUGUCAUGGAAGGGUCCCGACACUGUGGAUUUUUCCCCUUAUCAGAGAAAUCUUGUUGUGACUCUGUACAGAAUGGAUAGAGGCGGUGUUGUAGGUUUAAUUGUGAUGUUGAUUUACCUGUGUGGUCUCUGCGGUGGAUGGAAAUUUUCCACACAUGACUGUGUGGGAUUUGACAGUCAUACAGAUACCCAGCCGUGGGUGGCUCAGGUGGGAAUCCACCUGACUCCCUAAACCUGACUGUGGCCUUUCACUUUGACUCAAGAGUUUUGGGAAGGGUUCAUACAUGUCUGCUUAUUUAUUUUUGUCUGAGGAUUUGAAUAAAUCUCACACAUUGUCAGCUGUGAAUACCCCUGUGCUAACCCUCUUUUUCUCUCUUCUUUUUUUGUGUCUCUCAGGAGCGCUUUUCCGAAAUCUUUGGUCAUGACGCUGCGGCAGAGAUCAGGAGGUCUCAGGAGAGUUUCAAGAAAUGGCUGUUGGCGGGGAUGACGCUGGUGACCGGGGUUGUGGUGGGCUCCCUAAUCGCCCAGAAACGCCUGUAAAGAAACACACAAACAACCCUCUCUUAACAAACUCCCCCCCACUUCACUACCCCUCGACUUAAAGGCCCACGAAAGUUCAAAUGAAGGUCCUGUUUGUCUCGUCAGAACUGCUGAUGAUGUUUACUUCUUUUUCCCCUCACAUAUCCCACAGUGGACUAAAAAUCCUCACAUGUUGUUGAACUUUUGACAAAAAGACCGAGAGGAGGAAGAGUAACUUGUAUUCAUGUGUUCACCUUACUCCACCCUGAUGAAAAAAGCGUGCUAAUACAGAGACAGACAUUGUGUUUUUCUUACUGAACCAGUUGUUCCUUUUAUUCCUUUUCCUGCUGGUUCCUGUGUUGUUUUUCUUUCUUUAUGUUUGUAUGUUUAGUUUUAACAAAUUUUGGUUGCCCUUUUUCAUCCUCAAAGAGUCUAAAACUGAUUCCAAAUAGUCUGAGGUAAAUAAUCAACAUCUCAUGGGGCUUUGGGCACUGUUUGCAUCUCGUCUUAGAGCUUCUCACUCGUUCCCACAGACGGCUAAACCACAGUUUUGUAUGUGCCAUAUAGGAAGUGAAAACAGGCGAGGAUGUAGCACCUGCCUCUGAAAAAUCUUCUGUUGUUCUUGUUUCCUGUCUGCCAUCCUCAUCACCAACACAUCCAUACUCCAUGAGUCCAUGCUCUGAUUGUGCUGUCUUGUCAUGUCCUUUAUGUUGAUCUAUUUUGUAUGGGAAAUAAAUGAAUAAGGAGUCAAAGUGAGGAGAAUGGUUGGUGGUAGAGGGUAAUCCUAGAUUUGAGGAAAAACCCUGACAAAGUUGAACACAUUGUUUCUUUACUGAGCUUCAGAUUCCACAGAGGGAUGAAUAUGUUAAAGACACAUCUUUUACUUAGUGUAUCAUGGCUUGUCAGUGGCUUUUUUUUUUAACCAAACUAUGUCGUUUUCCUGCACAAUCAAGUGGUUUUGGUGCCCAAACCUUAUGCAACUGAUCAUUGCAAACAUGGAGUCCAAACUGCAAUUUGGGCUACAAAGAUACUUACAAAAUACAAACAAUGAACAGUGGUCAACUUGGUGAAAGAGAGAGAGGGUGCAUAUAAGCAAACCUCUCUAAAUCCUGGGUUACCAUCUAGACCCAACCUAAGAAGCAAGUGAGUCUUAAACUUUAAACCUGAUGGGAAAUCAACUCCUCUGGUUGUCUGUGUUUGUUGGUGCUUGGUUUUGGAUUUGUGAAUCAUUAAAAACACCCUACUACUAUCACUGAUCUGUGAUUUAUAGUUCUAUUUGGCCUUGUUUUUGUUUUUUUAUCCUCAUUGUAUUUAGACAUUUUGUGUUUCAAGUUUUAAGAACCAGAGUUAUUGCAGUUCAUGAGAGAAGAAGGACACUUUUGGAUAGACCCUUAAUGUAGCCUGGGAACCAGACAAAUCUAUGAGCUUUUGCUAUGGCAUAUGUGGCAUUUCAAAAACCAUGAGGGCUGGACCUGAUGUGUCAGGCUCCGAUUCUGCCACAGCUGAAUGGACUAGAUUUCAAUUUAUGUUGUAAUCAAAGUGAAAGUACUGAAUACUAAGUUUUGCCCUGACAACUUUCCUUUUGAAACGUUGACCUUUGAGUUUUGUGAAUCAGAAGUUACAAAUAGUUCAGCCCAGCCUGGGGCCUUGCCUAAAACUCUUACAUCACAUGCUUUGUUUCUCUAAAUUUCCAGAGAAAUGAGACUGAAACUGCUCCGCUAAGAUGGAAAAUUAACUGAGGGCUCCCAGACAAAUGCUCACUUGGUGAAUGGUUAGGCUUUGCCAGGCUAUGUUAACACCGCAGUAGCUGAAGAAUGCAGCAAACACUGUAGCAACACAUACAUGUAUACAAGCAACACCGCUCACAGAGACAUUCAAUAUCAGACUUUACAUAAUCCCCUGGGCUCGAAAAGUUCACAAUUUGAAUUAAAAGACUUCAUUUUGGAAUCACUUUAACUCCAGCAACCCAUUCAAAGCAGCAUUUUCAUGCCGAAUUUUAACAUGUGACAGAAGGUGAAGGAUACUACAGGAUCCCUAAAGUCCAAAAUAUAACUUGUUCUGAUAUUGUGCACACACACACUGAAAAAACAUAAUAUAAAAAAGUCAAAUAAAAAAUUUUAACCUUCUGCAGUCAGUAUAAUAAUCUUGGUCACAUUAGUUGUCAUCUUAUGCACAAAAGAUAACAACCGUGAGAAAAGUUCAUCAUUAUCUUGUGUGCUCAGUAGAACUAUUGUGGAACAAGUUGUUCUCUGCUGUGCCGAAGUUCUAACUCUUUGUGCAGGACUCCAUGUCUCAUGCACACAAGCUAAAAUUCUUCUCCCCGCAAGAUCAUAUUUCAGAUCAUUGAAGUCUUUUAUGUGCACAAGAUGAUAUUGUCAUUUUUUUGGAAUUUCAGGAGCUCUGUAUAAUACACCUGAAAACACAUGUAGACAGGUAUUUCUAGGAUUGAUGCCGAUCUGAAGUUUGCAGCUCUGUACGAUAAUGACCUGUUAAUAAACAGCUGAUGAAUAUUUGCUAUCUGCUAAUGCUGAGAUUUGUAGCUGCUGAUUAAAAAAUGCUGAAAAAUCACAUCAGACAUCACAGAAAAUUCUUUUUCUUCAAACUUUCAUGGCUGUAUCUUCAGAGCUGUUUCUUUACUGUACAAAGAGCUGAAACUGUUUUCUGUUAUUGGAAUGAAUGCAUUAGUUCAAAUCACAGUUUCAUUGUAAAAAGACGAAUAUUUUGGGGGUUUUCAACUGGAGCUCCAACCAAUCAAAAAGCUUCAAUGUGUUUUGUCAAACCAGUGUAUUCAAAAUUUUGUUCAAUAGUACAGAAGAAAAGAGGCGUGGAUAAUGAAACUGACACAUGCAGCUAAGAGACACAGAGCAGUCAAAAAAACAAAAACCCAAUAUUUGUUAAUUCAGUAAGAAAUUUCCAAAUCCUUCAUCGUGUGCUACGAUGUUCAGGAAACUAAGGAAACAACCCCCCCCCCCCCCCCCUUUUAUUUUUUCCUCCUGGUGAUAAUUUAACGGCCAUUAGUUCUCUUUUCUUUCUUAUUUUAACACGCACAUGUCUCGUUGACAUUAUACUUCAUAUUCAGUCAGCAUCACCAUCGCCUUUUGAAGAUUUAUGUAGCAAAUUGAUGAAGCAGCUGUCUUUGAAGAGGCAACAGUCCUGCUUCAGGUGUUAGGUUUGAUUAGAAAUCUGUCUCUUUACCGUCUUCAGUGAAUCAGCGACAGUCUUUGUACCCGUACACACUCUCAAACAUUCACACACAUACACAGAAGCUUCUCCUCCUCCUCCUCCAUCAUUCCCCCAGCAGACACCUCAAAUCUGUCAAAUCUCCAUCCGGUUCCACCUCUUCCGCUGUGGUCCCUCAGCUGUCACUGCACCUAGCCACGUGUGUCACUCACAGCUGGCCCACCUGCUGCCUCACACACACACAUCAGCACGCACACACUCUGACAAUGUACACACCUGUCAGUCAGAGUUAGUCCAUAAGCGAUACGGGGACGGGGAAAAGGAGACUGUGUCUUUGUUUCCAAACAUCUUUAAUUUAACGCUCAGGUCCCAGGAUUGAUGCCUGAUGUACCAACACAACUACAGGCAGCUUCAGUAGUGUACUGUUCUCAGUUUCAUUCUUCAUCUUACCCCCAAACUGUCUCUAGAUAGCAACAGCACAGUCCUGAUCUGUUUCACGACACAGCAGCUCCUCAAAAGGGUAUAGAAAUGAUGCUGUAGCUUUGGUGCAGGACAAAAGGUUGAGGUUAUUUGUGAUUUAAAACAAGGUUCAGUGUUAGAUUCACUCGUUUAGAGCGGAGUAAACACGGAAGGAAGGAAGGGGGGAUUAAUGCGUGAAUCAUCCAUCACUUUUUUGCCAGUCUGUCCAGCCACCACCUGCUCCUUCAUCUCCAAACUGGGACUCAUUUCUCUCAUUUUCCCUCCUCAUAUAUCACACAUUCAUGAUAAUUUUAAAUCUUUUACAUCCAAAUUUCUCUUCCUUAAGUCCCGCCUAGUACCCACUGAGCAAAAAAACUCACCAAACAAAGAAAAAGGAAACAAACAGCAGUGACUUGAUCUGAGUAUAAUCCGCGAAAUGCUUGUGUCCUGAGCCUCUUAUUAGCCAAGGUCUGCUCUCAUACAUUCCAGUACAGUAUAAAUAAAUAUAUAUUUUUCUAGUGUACGCCCCAACAAGAAGCUGCUCGCAGGCUUUCCUCUGCUGUUCUGGCACUCACUGAUACAAGUUCCCUUCCUUACACACGUGUGUGUGUGUGUGUGUGUGUGUGUGUGUGUGUGUGUGUGUGUGUGUGCGUGUGUGUGUGUGUGUGUGCAUGUGUGUGCAUGCGUGUGAAUUCCUGUGUGGCAAAAUGUUCUUGAAGGAGGCACAAAUGAAGGAGGUGUAACAGCAUUGGCACAACCCUAUAUGCUAGUUAUUUAAACGGAUUAGACUAGAACUUUAGCUUAGUGACAUAUUUAAGAGAAACUGAACUGAUGGCUUUGAAACAUUAUUUAUAUUUGGUGUAAAAAUGUACAAAUGUGCCCCUUCAAAUGGCCUUAAACUCCAUCUUUGCAUUGAUGUGAACUGUCAUUCAUUGUGUUUUUUAGGAUUAUUGGACUGCCAAUAGAUAAGAAAAUGCAAAGAAAGUCAUAUUUUCAAGAAGUUAGGUCUCUGAGAAAAUUUGUUGGUCAUAGAGGGAGCAAAGUUAAAGAUUGCAACCAUGUCCAAUGGUCUGUGUGUGUCUUAGAAUGCCAUUGUAAAAUUUUAAACUGCAUUGAUACCUAAUAAAGCCCAUGUUGCAAGAUGUU